GUUUUCCGCGGCGGCAUCAGCCGGCAAUUCGCAUUCGACCGACGUCUUGGUUUAAAGAGUCUCGGGGACAAGACUUUUUUGAUGAUGACUUGACUUCUGCCGACUGGAGUGAGCCGCGGCCUCAGGCAGCACAAACGAAGAAAGUUACACAGAAGCAUAAAGUUACGAGGAUAAUUAAAGGAAGAGCAAGAAGAAUAAAAAGAAGAGGAAAUCGAUUUUUAAUUGGCGGCGAACGAGAGCGAGAGAUACAUAAGAGAAGAGAGGAUCGAUCAAUAAUUUCGAAUCGAGCCAUCGCGAGUGACACACGAUAGGAUACGUAUAUUUCAUCCUACCGAUCUGUUUUCUCCUCUCGGUUUUCGUUUUUCGCCUGUUUCUCUCUCCGACUAUUCUUUUUUUUUUUUUUUUCGUUGUUGAGUGCCAAGUGACGUUCGUCGUAUCUCGAGCAAAAAGAAGAAACAUUUCUCUCUUUCUUUCUCUCUUGUGACCGACACGUUACGAGAAAAAUCCGACCGACCAUAAUCGAUCCGAACGACUUGGAUUAAAUCGAUUGGUCCAAGAUGAAGCGACAAACGUCUCAGCAGCAGCAGCAACAGCAGCAGCAACAACAACAGACGAUCAUGCAACAGCAACAGCAACAGCAGUAUAUACAACAGAGGACCGAGAGACAGGUCACUCGGCAGCAGAUCACCAGUCAGCAGAGAGUUCAAGGGGAGAUUGUGAUGCAGACGACGCCCACGGUACCAACAUUUUCCGGCAGGCCCGGCGAUCCAUCGCCGCCGGUUUUCGAACAGAUCUUCAAGAACGCCAGAUUCGCGCAGGGUGGAAAUGCGAUUUUCGAGGGUCGCGUCCGAGGGAAUCCGAAACCCACCGUCACCUGGACGCACAAGGGUGCACCGUUGUUGGAAUCAUGGAAAAUUCGAAUGUCUUACGACGAGAAGACCGGAGCGGUCACGCUUCAAAUUAAUCAGAUCGGCCCCGGAGACGAGGGUGAAUACACGUGCAGUGCUAAAAAUCAAUACGGCGAAGCAAUCUGCUCCGUUUACAUUCAGCCAGAAGGAUUUGGACCACCUCCGCAACAGGGUUACAGGAAGGAAUAUUCGCAGUCCUUCCAGUCGACGGAACAAAAGACUCAAACAGGAACACAAAGCUUCCAACAACGUAGUUAUCAACAAACGAUCGAUAAACGAAGCUACGUCAAUGGAACCUCCACCAGCAUCGAAGAUUUCAAGGUGGACACGUUUGAAUACAGGCUGCUGCGGGAAACAGAGUUUCGAGAGUCGAUUACUCGCCGUUUCGUGGGCGAGUCCGACGUGCAGAUUUCGACGGUGGUAGAUCGUAGCUUGGGACCGGUUGCACCUCCGCAGAUCACGCAGAAGCCGAGAAACUCGAAGCUCGUCGAGGGAUCCGACGCCGUUUUCACUGCGAAAAUCUCCGGCAAUCCGAAACCAAGAUUAACUUGGUUCAAAAACGGACAGAGGAUCCGCGAGUCGCAACGCGUGGAGAUGAGCCAUUCGAAUCAACAGGCCACCUUGAGGAUCAGAGUCGCCCUGCCAGAGGAUAGCGGCCACUACACCUUGCUCUCGGAAAAUCCUCAGGGUUGCACCGUUAGCUCCGCGUAUCUGGCGAUCGAGUCCAGCGAUCAAGUAGAUCAGGCCUAUCAAGCACCACGGGAAACGAUCAAGGCGCAGCAGGUCGAAACGACUGGCGAGUCAGACUCUGGGAAAGUUCUGCCGCCGAAUUUCGUUCGCACCUGCACCGAUCGCGAUGCCACCGAAGGGAAAAUGACCAGGUUUGAUUGUCGCGUGACCGGCCGCCCGUAUCCCGAAGUGACAUGGUACAUAAACGGCCAACAAGUGGCCAACGAUCUGACCCACAAGAUCCUCGUGAACGAGUCUGGUAAUAACUCGCUGAUGAUCACGAACGUAAGCCGCGCGGAUGCCGGCGUGGUGACCUGCGUCGCUAGGAACAAGGCUGGCGAAACCUCGUUCCAGUGUAAUUUGAACGUGAUCGAGAAGGAGCAAGUUGUCGCGCCGAAAUUCGUGGAACGAUUCACAACGACGAAUGUAAAAGAGGGAGAACCGGUUGUUUUCAUGGCACGUGCGGUCGGCACUCCUGUACCGCGCAUCACCUGGCAGAAGGAUGGAGUGCCAAUAACACCUGGACCGGAUGUGCGUAUUUCAACGGACGGUAGCGGAUCGUCAACUUUGGAUAUAUCCUACGCGAAAUUGUCAGAUGCAGCUUGGUACCAGUGCACGGCGCAGAAUGUUGCCGGCUCUACCGCCACCCGAGCACGGCUCUUCGUGGAAACACCGAAAGGAACAGCCCCCGAACCAAGACGCCUGAAUUUACCCCGACCGACGAAAGUCAUCGAACCAGAACCAGCGCCUGGCCCCGAAGUGAUUUAUUUGAGACACGUGGAACGUGCCAAGCCAUAUUUGCCUCCGCCUGAGGAAGAUAGAGUUUAUCCACCACCACGUUUCAUCAUACCAUUGAAGGACGUCCAUCAGAUCGAGGGUGGACGAAUUCACUUCGAGGCCAGAAUCGAACCGGUGGGCGAUCCCACCAUGAGGGUAGAGUGGUACGUCAACGGAAGAGCUCUCGAUGCGAGUUCCCGGGCGACUUCUAUCUUCCGAUUCGGCUUCAUCUCUCUCGACCUGAUCAGCAUCGUUCUGCAAGACAGCGGCGAGUAUUUAUGCCGCGUCGUAAGUUCCACCGGAGUCGCCGAAUCUCGAGCUACCCUCAGCGUGACACCACGCGCCACAAUCGAACAGGCAAGCCAACACCCCGACAGCCUUCAAUAUAUCCAACAGCUCGAGGAUUACAGCAAGUAUCAAAGACAGGAGAGUGUGGAGGAGAUCUCUCCACAGCGGCCGGCCUUCAUCCGACCACUCCAGGAUCUAGGAGAAUUACAGGAAGGUCGUAACGCUCAUUUUGAAGCGCAACUGACCCCUGUAAGUGAUCCAACGAUGAAAGUGGAGUGGUACAAGGAUGGCAGGCCAAUCACAGCUAGCUCAAGGAUCACAACCAUCUUCAACUUCGGGUACGUCUCGCUCAAUAUAUUGCACCUACGAGCUGAAGAUGCGGGUUCCUACACUGUCAGAGCUGUGAACCGCUUGGGAGAGGCCGUCAGCUCCGCAUCUCUUCGUGUCUUGGCACGCACAAGCGUUACCUCCGAUCUAGGAAUCCCCGAGCAACAGAGAUAUAUCGAGGCUGCCGAGGAAUUGGAAGCCUAUCAACAGGCUAUGCACCAGAAGUACGUACAGGAGCAGCCUGAAUCGACUAGCCCACCGGAAUUCAAAUCUCCCAUCAAGGAUCAGAACAGCAUACGAGAAGGCGGAUUUGCUCAUUUCGAAGCACGCCUAGAGCCAGUUGGCGACUCUAGCCUGCGGGUCGAAUGGCUCAAGGACGGACGCCCUGUAGAAGCAAGUUCACGGAUCACGACGUUCUUCAACUUCGGUUACGUGGCACUGACCAUCAAAUACGUAACGAUCCACGACGUUGGCAUAUACACCUGUCGCGCUUACAAUCGCGUCGGCGAGGCACACACGACUGCUCAACUGAGCGUGAUCAGCAAGAACGAUGUCAUUUACGACAGCCAACAUCCUACCGGGCUGCAGAAGAUUCAAACUCUGGAAGACUCGAGCAGAUAUUCGCGACAGGUCCAGGAGGAGACUCAGGUGACUCAAGCGCCACGAUUUUUGGGCAAUCUGAAGGGUACCAACAAGAUCGUCGAGGGCCAACGUGCUCAUUUCGAGGCUCGUGUCGAACCUCAAAGUGACUUGACCAUGAGAAUUGAGUGGUACCACAAUGGGAAACCCAUCACUGCUGCGAACAGAAUUCAAACCUACCACGACUUUGGAUACGUGGCUAUAGAUAUUCUUCAGGUCAGACCCGAGGACGCUGGCACUUACACCGUCGUCGCUAGAAACGCUCUUGGUGAAGCUAAACUCUCCGCCACCAUGAUUGUCGAAACACGUUCGAGCGUGGAUACAAGCAGCAUGCAUCGCGUCUCCUACGAGAAAACACAACGCCUCGAGGAGUCGAAAUUCGUCGAGCCGCAAUACCACAUCGAGGAAAUAUCGAAAUCGAAGCCGAUAUUCGUUCAACCGUUGAGCGACCCUAAGCCAGUGAGCGAGGGCAAGAACAUCCACUUGGAAUGCCGUUUGGAGCCCAUGGGCGACCCAACGAUGAGAGUCGAAUGGUUCCAAAAUGGCCGUCCGGUUACCGUUGGCUCCAGAUUCAGAACCUACUACGACUUUGGUUUCGUCGCGUUGGACAUCGUACACUCGACCGUCCUCGACUCUGGCGAAUAUACUGUCAGGGCCACCAAUCAUCUUGGCACCGCUCACACCUCAGCCUGUGUCAGAGUAAUUGGGAAGUCCGACGUCGUUACCGAAACACAGCACGAGCAGUCGCUCGAACAGAUUCAAAUGCUCGAAGAUUCUGCAAGAUACCGCAGGACACAACAAGAAGAAGUGACAGUAAUGCAACCACCGCAAUUCACUCGCCCUUUGCACAACAUCGAGACGGUAGAACUGACCAACGUUCACCUCGAGUGUCGCCUUCAGCCAGUCGGCGACGCCACCAUGAAGGUGGACUGGUUCGUCAAUGGGAGACCAGUGAAAACUGGCCACAGAUUCAGGCCAUCUUACGAAUUCGACUACGUGGCCCUCGAUAUCUUGGGCGUUUAUCCAGACGAUUCAGGCGUGUACACGUGCCAGGCGAGAAAUCAAUUGGGAGAGGCCGUCACUUCCUGUUCAGUGAGAGUACACGCGAAGAAAGACUUGCUGCUGGAGUCACAGCAUCCUGAAGGCUUGGAAAGGAUACAAUACCUGGAGGAUGCUUCCAGAUACAAGAGGCAGGAACUAGUCGACGAAGUGGUCAACGUCAAGCCGAGGUUUAUCACUGCGCCGAAAAAUCAGGAGAAUCUUUGCGAAGGGCAAUACGCUCACUUUGAGUGCAAAUUGGAACCAGUGACCGACUCGAAUUUGAAGGUUGAAUGGUACAAGAACGGUCGUCCGGUUACAAUAGGACACCGAUUCCGUCCAAUCCACGACUUUGGCUACGUUGCACUGGAUGUAAUCGACCUAAUCGCCGAGGACUCAGGCACCUACACCUGUCGCGCUGUCAAUCUCGUUGGCAGCGACGAAGUAUCUUGCACUCUCACCUGUCGAUCAACUGCACAAGUCCUGACGGACACUCGGAACGAGACUGGUCUCGAACAAAUUCACUAUCUCGAGGAUAGAUCCAGAUACCAACGACGAGAAGAUGUCGAGGAGACAACCACUCAGGCACCAAUCUUCACCACCUCUUUGAACAACGUUGAGAUCAAAGAAGGCCAAAGGGCGCACUUCGAGUGCAGAUUGAUACCCGUGUCCGAUGCAACGAUGAAAGUCGAAUGGUUCCACAAUAACAAACCUGUCAAGGCUGGCUCCAGAUUUGUAGAGACCAACAGCUUUGGUUUCGUGGCUUUGGAUAUUAUGUACGCCUAUCCUGAAGAUUCUGGCACUUACACCUGCCGAGCGAAGAACAUCAUCGGAGAGGCGAUUACAUCCGCAACUGCUGUCGUUCACUCGAAAAAAUCAAUUUACACGGAAAGUCAGAAUGAAGAGACACUCCAACGUCUUCAAUACUUGGAGGAUACGUCGCGAUAUCAGCGAAAAACUACGACAGAGGAAAUCGUCACUCAAGCACCAGUGUUCACGAUGCCAAUCAAAGAUCUGAGAGUCGCUGAAAAUCAAGCGGCUCAUUUCGAAGCACGCGUGAUUCCUGUCGGCGAUUCCAAACUGAAGGUCGAAUGGCUGCGGAAUGGAGUCCCGAUCGCAGCUUCCAAUCGCGUUACAACGAUGCACGAUUUCGGAUACGUCGCUCUGAACAUGAAGUACGUGAACCCUGAAGACGCAGGUACCUACACCUGUCGUGCAAGAAACGAUCUCGGAGAGGCUGUAACAUCAGCGACACUCUUCGUCCAGUCCAAGGCGGCCCUGCAAUUCGAGUCGCAGCACGAGAGCGCGUUGUCGAAGAUCCAAAUACUGGAGGACACGAGCAGGUAUCAACGGCAGGAAGAGGAGGAGAUCGUGGUAAAGGAGAAACCGUCGUUCACGGUCCAACUGAACGGUCCUACCAGCUUAGUCGAGGGGCAAAGCGCACACUAUGAGUGCCGUAUCGAGCCCUAUCCCGAUUCGAGUAUGAAGGUGGAAUGGUUCCACAAUGGGAAACCAUUGUCCACCGGUCACAGGUACAGAACGACCUGCGACUUUGGAUUCGCUGCGUUGGACGUGCUCACGGUAUAUGCCGAGGAUUCUGGCACUUAUACCUGCCAGGCCACCAAUAGACUGGGAUCGGCGAAGAGCUCGAUUAAUCUCGACGUGAAAUCUCGCGCGUCGAUUAUACGCGAAACUCAACACGAAAGUGCCCUGAAGAAGAUACAGUAUCUCGAGGACGACUCGCGUUACAAACGUACGGACCAGGAGGAUUUGAUCAUCGCCGAGAAACCGAAAUUCGGCCGCCCAUUGAAGAAUAUUGAGCAUCUGCCUGAAGGCAAGAGCGCUCAUCUCGAAGCGACUUUAACGCCUGUUAACGAUCCGACUAUGGUCGUCGAGUGGUACAGAGAUGGUAGACCGAUCCCUCAAGGCCACAAGUUCAAGACCACUUACGACUUUGGCUACGUCGCUCUGGAUAUCCUGUACGCCUAUCCGGAAGACUCUGGAACCUACAUGUGCAAGGCGAGGAACGCUGUUGGUGAAGCUGUUACCACUUGCGUCAUCAGCGUUGACUCGAAACAAGGCCUCUACUUGGACACGUUGGACGCUCAGCGUUUGCAAAAGAUUCGCGAAUUGGAGACCGUAGAAGUGAAGCAAGAGGUCGAAAAGGAGGUUGUACACGAGAAACCCGUUUUCUUGACGCCACUGAACAACCUGGAUCUAAAAGAGGGCGAACACGCUCACUUGGAAUGCCGCGUCGAGCCCAUCAACGAUCCAAAUCUAAAGAUAGAAUGGUUCGUAAAUGGAGUUGCUGUAAGAACAGGACACCGCUUCCGCAAGACACACGACUUCGGUUACGUGGCUCUUGAUAUUCUUUAUACGUACCCUGAAGAUUCUGGUACCUAUAUGUGCAAAGCCACCAACUUGGCUGGCGAGGCUGUCAACACGUGCACCAUCAGAGUUGGCUCUCGUCGCAGUAUUCUCCUAGACACUCAACAUCCAGAUGGUCUCGAGAAGAUUCGUGAACUCGAGGCCCAAGGUCGUCCAGCCCGUUUAGAAGUAGAAGAACCACCAGUGACACCACCGAGAUUCAUCACUGAACUUAGGGGUACCACGGAGGUUUACGAAGGACAAACAGCCCACUUCGAGUGCCAAGUUGAGCCGCUUCACGACGCCAACUUGAGGAUUGAAUUCUUCCACAAUGGCAAGCCGCUUCCAUCGGCUUCCAGGUUCCACGUGACGUUCGACUUUGGAUAUGUGGCUCUUGAUAUUGGCCAUGCUGUUCCUGAAGACGCAGGAGAAUAUUCUGUACGAGCUAUCAACGCUCUUGGACAAUGCGUGUCCUCGAUCGAACUGAGGGUUAUUCCAAGGGACAACAUUAUCCUGGACUCGCAACGUCCUGAAGGACUGGACAAGAUUCGUGAACUGGAAGCUCAACAACCUUGGAAGAGACCAGACGUGCCGGAACCACAAACUAGACAGAGACCGGUGUUCACUCAACCGUUGCAAAAUAUCGAUGCCAUUCCCGAAGGACACACCGCUCACUUCGAGUGCAGGCUGAUCCCUGUAGGAGAUCCUACGUUGAAGGUCGAAUGGUUCAGAAAUGAAAUCCCGCUCGAGACGAGUUCACGAAUCACUAAAGUCCACGAUUUCGGCUACGUCUCAUUGGACAUCAACCACGUGAGAGAAGAAGACGAAGGUGUCUACAUGUGCCGUGCUUCCAAUCCACUCGGUGAAGCAGUUACUACUGCUUCCAUGAAGAUCAGAAGCAAAGCAAACAUUCAGUUAGAAACCCAACAUCCUGAAGCGCAACGUAAGAUCGCCCAACUUGAAGCCGAUAAACCAGGACGUCCUGAAGAACCGGAAAAAGUAUUCGAUAAACCUAUCUUCACGCAAUUGUUGACUGGACCCACGGAACUUUGGGAAGGUCAGAUGGCUAGAUACGAAUGCAGAGUCGUUCCAGUUGGCGAUGCCAGUUUGAGAUUCGAGUGGUACAUUAAUGGAGUCGAACUGAAGAUGGGAUCUCGGUUCCACGUGAGCCACGAUUUCGGCUACGUGACCCUAGACAUCUUGAAAGUGAUCUCAGAAGAUUCCGGCGUCUACACCUGCAAAGCGAUUAACAAAUCUGGCGAGGCAGUAUCCUCGAUUUCCCUCAAGGUGAAAGCGCGCUCGGCCAUCGAUGCCGAUAGUUUGCAACCGGAUGCCUGGCAGAAGAUCCAACUGAAGGAGGCAGAGAUGAACAAAGUGCCUGAAAUGUUCGUCGACACGACGCCUCAGCAGGCUCCGGUCUUCACCAAACACCUUGAAAGUUACGACAAGCUCGUGGAAGGGCAGCACGUGUACCUGGAAGCUCAGGUAGAGCCAAGAGCUGAUCCGAAUCUUCGCGUCGAAUGGUUCAAGAACGGUGUGGCUCUUCAAACUGGAACCAGGCUUCGCAGUACCUUCGACUUUGGCCUAGUUUCGCUAUCCAUCAAUGGCUUAAGACCCGACGACUCCGCCAUUUACACCUGCAAGGCCACCAAUCUGCACGGCGAGGCUGUGUCCACUUGCACCUUGAAAAUCGUCGAUCGUCACUGGUUACUGGGCGACACCCUUCACCCUGACGCUCUUCCGAAGAUCGACGCCUUGGAACAACCACACGUGACAGCGGCAGAGCAACCAGAGCCGACGUACGAAGAACCAGUGUUCAUCACACACUUGAACAACGUCGAGUGCGUGGAGGGCGACAACGUACACUUCGAGUGCAACGUUGAGCCGUCCAAGGAUCCGACGAUGAGGAUCGAGUGGUUCAUCAAUGGGAAACCGCUUCCAACUGGGGCGAGAUUCAAGUCGACUUACGACUUUGGUUACGUAGCUUUGGACAUUAAUCACGCUUACGAGGAGGACUCGGGACUGGUGAUCGUGAAGGCUACCAAUUCGAAAGGGUCGGCGCAGACAUCCGGAACGCUCAAGUGCACCAGCAAACAGAAUAUCUACCUGCAGACGCAGCAUCCUCAGGGAGAAGCUGGCCUGGAGAAGGUGAGAGAAGCUGAGGACGCGUAUCUGUCGAAGUACAGGAGACCGGAAGCUGGACCGGAUCAGGAAUAUCCGAAGCCGAUCUGGACGGUGCCGUUGCAGCCAGAGUUUAGAUUAGGCGAGUCCGAGCCCCUUCAUUUGGAGGGGCAGGUAGAGCCCAAGGACGAUCCGAACUUGAAGAUCGAGUGGUACUUUAACGGGAAAGCUCUGGAGCACGGGUCCAGGUUCAAGAUGACCAGCGACUUUGGAUUUGUCACGUUAGACCUGACUGACGUCUACGAUCGUGACUCUGGAAUCUAUACCUGCAAAGCGUACAACAAAGCUGGCGAGGCGUUCACCUCGACGACCAUCUACUGCUCGACCAAGGAGAACAUCAUCGAGAGGUCGCAACAUCCGAAAGGCAAGGAAGGGUUAGAAGCGAUCCAGGAUCUCGAAGAGUCGUUGAAACGGCAAGAAGGAGCACCGCCGGAGAGCGAGGAAGGCCAUCCGCCAGUGUUCACGUCACAAUUCGAGAACCUGACGAACCUGUCCGAAGGAGAAAUCGCUCACUUCGAGGCAUCGCUCACGCCGACUGGCGACCAAACGAUGGUCGUCGAAUGGUUCUACAACGGCAAAGUGUUGGAAGCGAGCCAUCGCAUUAGAACGGUCUACGCUUUCGGGAUGGUGGUUCUCGAGGUGCUUGGAACGAAGAUAGAGGACUCUGGCACCUAUUCCUGCCGGGCUACCAACAAGUGGGGCCAAGCGGAGAUCAGCGUGGAGCUGGAAUGCGUGGACAAAUCCAAAGGGCAGAAGCCGAAAUUCACGACUCACAUUCAGUCGUUGGAGGGCCUGAAGGACGGCCAGUCCGCUCACUUCGAGUGCACGCUGAUCCCAGUCGGUGAUCCUCACAUGAAAGUGGAAUGGUUCCACAAUGGCCAGCCGCUGAGGCACUCGUCCAGAUUCAAGAUGGUGUCCGACUUUGGAUUCGUCGUGAUGGACAUCGCUGGCGUGAUGGCACACGACACCGGGGAAUACGUGUGCAAGGCUAGCAACAAAUACGGCGAAGAUUACACGAAAGCAACUCUGAAGUGCUUCGGGAAGAGCGGUGUGUACCUCGAUUCGUUGCAACCGGACUCUCUCGCCAGGAUCAGGGAAUUGGAGAGUUACGGCGGUGAACAACCUACGACGCCGACGACACCAGUCGCAGAGCCACCUAAGUUCAUCACGCAGAUAUCUGACAUUACGAAACUGGUCGAGGGACAGUCGGCUCAUUUCGAGGCUAGACUCACGCCAGUGAACGAUCCAGACUUGAAGGUCGAAUGGUAUUACAACGGAAAGAAAUUGCCCCACGGGCACAGGUACAGAACCUUCCACGAUUUUGGCAUCGUUAUUCUGGACAUCUUGUACUGUUACGAGGAGAAUUCCGGUGUCUACGAGUGCCGAGCUUUCAACAAGUACGGAGAGGACACGACUAAGGCGACGUUGAAGUGUUACUCGAAGUCGAGUCUUAUUUUGGAGUCGCAGCUUCCUAAGGGGAUGGAAGGUGGACUGGAGAAGAUUCAGACGCUGGAGGACUCGAUGAUUCGCACUAAGGAUGAGAAGGUUGUGGAGGAACGAGGAAAGGCGCCAGUGUUCACCGUGCCUUUGAGCAACAUCGACGGCCUCCGCGAGGGCGAGAGCGCGCACUUUGAAGCUAGACUUACUCCCACUGACGAUCCAAAAUUAAAGGUCGAAUGGUUCUGGAAUGGGAAACCACUGCGAACCGGUACUCGUUUCCGCACUUUCUGCGACUUCGGCUUCGUGAUACUCGAAAUCUCGCCGAUCUAUCCGGAAGACUCCGGCGAGUACAGCUGCCGGGCGACGAACGACUACGGCGAGGCUGUGACCACGUGCACGAUGAAGUGCACUGGCAAACGAAGCAUCAUCCUCGAGUCUCAGCUGCCGAAAGGAAUGGAAGGCACCAUUGACAAGAUCGCCGAGUUGGAAGGCCUUGGAAACGAGCGUGGCCAAGCGAUACCAGACGACGACACCGGGAAACCACCGGAAUUCGUCACAACGCCGUCUGAUCUGACCCUAACCGAGAAUUCCUUGGCGCACUUCGAGUGCAGGUUGACACCGAUCAACGACUCCAGCAUGAGAGUAGAGUGGUUCCACAACGGGAAGCCUCUGCUGGCCGGAAGCAGAAUCAAAACCAUCCACGACUUUGGAUUCGUUAUACUGGAAGUAGCCAACUGUUACCAACGAGACUCUGGCCUGUACACUUGCAAGGCAACGAAUCGCCACGGCGAGGCCACCGUCUCUUGCAAGCUGCAAGUUCGUGGACGUCAGGGGAUCAUCUUGGAGCCACAAUUGCCAACCAACUUCAAAACUGGCACGGAGAGCAUUCAGAAAUUGGAGGAGGCGUUGUACAAGAGGGACGAGAUAUUGACCGAGGAGGAGACGCCUAAUCCUCCCAAGUUCACCGUCGAGUUGAAGGACAUAGAAGUGGAGGAAGGAGAACCGAGUCACUUUGACUGCAGAGUGGAACCCGUGGGCGAUCCUACGAUGCGUAUCGACUGGUUCCAUAAUGGACGAUCGUUCGCGACUGGAUCUCGCGUACACCAGAUCAACGACUUUGGAUUCAUCUCGUUGGACAUGUCGUACACUUACGCUAGAGACAGCGGAGAAUACGUUUGCAGAGCUACCAACAAGUGGGGAUCUGCUACAACUAAGGCCACCAUAACGUGCAAAUCUAAGAAGACCAUAGAUUUCGACUCGCAACUGCCCUCGGGCAUGAGCGGCGAAAAAUUGAAAGAAUUGGAACGCGGCCCAGUGAGCGAGCCACCUGCUGAGGAGCCACCACGUCAACCACCAAGGUUCAUUACACAGAUCCAAUCAGCGACAGUCGACGAGUCCGAGCCAGUUAGGUUCGAAUGCCGCGUGGAACCAAAGGAUGAUCCAAAUCUACGUAUCGAGUGGUACAGAAAUGGAAAAUUGAUCCCAGCUGGACAUAGAUACAGAACAAUGUACGAUAUGGGAUUCGUGUCUAUGGACAUUUUGUACGUCUACCCUGAAGACUCGGGAGAAUACGUGUGCAAAGCGAUUAAUGAUCUUGGCGAGGAUACUACCCGGGCAUCGGUAUCAUGCAAAAAGUUGCCCAGCAUCAUCCUACAGAACCAAGUACCAAAGGGUAUGAAGAAGUCGGAAGCGUUGAUGCAGAUGGAAGCCACCAUCAAGAAGUACACAUCGGAGGUUCAUCUCACGGAGGACGACCUCUACGACGCUGAUAAGAAACAACCACCGCGUUUCGUUACCCAGAUCCAGGACCAAACCGAGCUGAUCGAGAUGAACAGCACGAAAUUCGAGUGUCAAUUGGCACCUGUCGGUGACCCGAACAUGAAAGUCGAGUGGUUCUUCAACGGUAAACCUCUGCCGCACAAGAACAGAUUCACCCCGAUUUACGAUUUCGGUUACGUGGCGAUGAACUUUGGAUGGGUGUACCCUGAAGACAGCGGCGAAUAUCUAUGCAGAGCGACGAAUCUUUAUGGAAUGGACGAGACACGGGCGGUGAUUCGAACGGCUGGCAAGCCUGGAAUUAUUUACGAGUCGCAGCUACCGAAGGGCAUGAAGAGUAUCGAGAAGAUCAGAGAAAUGGAAGCUGCGUGGCAAAUAGUGCCUGAGGAGGAAGGUGAGGAAGAGAAGGUGCGAGCACCUCCAACAUUUGUAAGCAAACCUGAGCCGGUAACCGUCGAAGAAGGUGAUUGGUCCAGGUUCUGCUGUCGCGUCACUGGUCACCCAAGACCACGUGUCAUGUGGAUCAUCAAUGGACAUACUGUGGUCAAUGGAUCACGCUAUAAACUAACGUACGACGGCAUGUAUCAUCUGGACAUCCCCAAGACGAGACAGUACGAUCACGGGAAAGUCGAAGUAAUCGCGAGAAGCUCGGUAGGUGAGGCACGCACCGAAACCACCCUAACGGUGAAACCAAGGAGCGACGAUUACCGCGGCGUACUGAAGAACUCGCCAAGACCUUGGUAUGAUUACGGGCUGACCCAAUACCAAACGGAGCGACAGAACACAGAGCUCGAGAAAGUGUUCGACGAGAGACACCACAACAUUGCCCAGGGCAUUGAAAUCGCCACGGAGCAUCUUGGACAGAAGGUUUUCAAGGAACCGGAGACAGACUGGCAGAGGUCUGUGAAGAGCAAGAAGAACGAGGACUAUUACAGCAAGCUGAUGAAUCUCGAGGAAGAACAGGUCCUCAAGGAGAGUAGGCUGAGGGAAGCUAGCCAUCAAUUUGCUAUUCCCGGUGAAAAGGUCGUUUCUCAUUCCGUUGCGAAAGGGAUGGCUCAACAGUAUGAGGAAAACUUGGAGGAAAAGAAGGAAGAGAAAGACCAGGAGACCACGCAGACAGCUACGAAAUUCGUGAGGAAGCCACACACGACGGAAGUGGACAUCGACGUGGAGCGAACGAAGGCCACAGGGAAGUAUCCUCCGGAACCGUCCGAGUCCAUGGUUCACGGACGUGAGGUGCACGUGGCCAAGCAGAAGCAAACGCAGAAAGAGGUGAAAGGAGACGUGGAGAUCACCAGGAAGAUAACCGCCACGGAGACCACUGAAGUGGAGCACAAAGCCAAGACUCAAGAGCGCGUCGUCCAAGGUCCGAUGAAACCGGCCAAGCCGCCGGUCUUCACGAAAAAAAUUCAACCCUGCAGAGCGUUCGAGCAAGAGCAAGCGCGGUUCGAGGUGGAAUUCGACGGCGAUCCAUUGCCGACCAUCAAGUGGUAUCGCGAAGAUUUCCCCAUUCAAAACUCACCGGACCUUCAGAUUUAUACGUUCAGCACGAAAUCGGUGCUGAUCGUUCGGCAAGUGUUCAUGGAGGAUUCUGGAGUGUUCUCUGUCAUCGCUGAGAAUCGCGCCGGAAAGGCGAAGUGCAGCGCGAACUUGGUGGUGGAGGAACGUAGACGACAACCUGGUCGAGGAGGAGUGGUACCACCUAGCUUCCUGUCAACCAUUCAGAACACCUCGGUCACCACCGGCCAACUUGCUAGAUUCGACGCCAAAGUGACUGGCACCAAACCGCUGGAUGUUUACUGGUUGAAGAAUGGCAAGAAGGUGACGGCGGACAUUCGUUACAAGACGCUCGAGGAAGACAACACCUACACUUUGUUGAUUUUGGAGACAGUGCCAGAAGAUUCGGGCAAGUACGAGUGCGUCGCGAUAAACAGCGCCGGAGAGGCACGUUGCGAUGCUGAAUGUACGGUUCGAGGACCUCAAUCGCCCGCCAAGACGGCGAAACCGACGACGCCAGGCGUCGAGAAGGCACCCACGGUUUUGGAGCCGUUAAGAGAUCAAACUAUCAGGGAGGGAACAUCCGUCGCCUUCGCGUGCAGAAUCACCGGGAAACCGGUGCCAACGGUACAAUGGAAGAAAGGCGACAAGGUCAUCAAGCCAUCUAAGUACUUCCAAAUGCAAAAGGAAGGCGACCUCUGUACCCUGAGGAUCUCCGAAGCUUUCCCCGAAGACGAGGGCGUUUACAAAUGCAUCGCCAAGAAUCCAGCCGGCGAUGUAACUACCUCAGCCAAUCUUAAAGUUCUUGCCCCCGACGCAGCUGACGUUCUCCCCAAAUUGACACCACUGAAAGAUCAAAUAGUCCUGGAAGGGCAACCGGCACAGUUCAAGACCCAAGUUACUCCAGCUAAACCAAAGCCAACGAUCCAAUGGUAUCGCGAAGGUGCCCUGAUCCCUCAGUCACCUGAUUUCCAGAUGAUUCACGAAAGUAAUAAUGCCGUGCUACUGAUAGCGACCACCUACGAAGAGGACACUGGCACCUUCACCUGCCGAGCUACCACGUCGGCCGGCACCGUCGAAACCUCCGCCAAGCUCAUCGUCAAAAAGAGGAAAGGGGCGUAUUACGAAGUGCCUGCGAAGACGGGACCAGGCGCGAAAACCGGCGUGAAACCAUCGACAGGUCUGGGCAAGGACAUUGUCCUUGAGCCGUUGACCACGGACGAGAAUGGAUUGCCGCUCGAGAUACCCUUGCAACCGGGGGACGAGUCGUUGCCUUGGAGAAAGGGGCGAGUUCAUCAUCGACCUCGACUCGGUGACGCGACGCCAUGGCGGAAAGCGAAACCGAAAUCUCGCGACACGUCCCUGGACAAAUUACAGGCGACGGAGUCGCUGGUGAAGCCUUGGACGGAGGAGGCUGUAGUGUUGAAGAAAACACCGCAGCUACCUCGAGAGACAACGAAAGAGAAACUGGAGGAAGUUGAACUGAAACCGGCGAGAAUCGAGAAGAGAGACAUUGGAAAGGUCAGUUUGGAAACUGUGGACUUGAAGCACGUUACGAAGAAGGAAGCAAGGAAAGGGUCGACGACCGAGGAGAAGGUUUCUCGACUGGACGAAACUACGGCAGAGACUUACGUGGAAGAAGAGGACUCCAGAUUCGUCAAAACCACGAGGAAAGUGGACGAGACCGCGAGGAAGAAGGAGGAGCCGAAACCUUGGACAGAAGAGAAGGUUGCGCUGAAGAAAGCGAAACCUGAUAGAAGAGAGAUCCCCAGGGAGACGAUAGAACCCGUGGAAUUGAAACCUUCGAGGAUUGUUAAGAAGGAAGUCGAGAAGGUUACUUUGGAGAAGGUGGAUCUGAAAUCGGUUCCUACGAGUUCCGUAAUCGAAACAGUCACGGAGGAAACUACUUCGAAGACUGAGUACGUUGAACAGGAAGACACGUCGAUGUUAGACGUGUCUAGAACCGAAGAGAUUAGAAAACUGAGAAGAGAGAAGAUCGAGGAGAAGGUGGAACAAGCGAAACCAUGGACGGAAGAGAAGAUCACGUUGAAAAAGUCAAAACCUAUAAGAAAGGAAGUCGAGAAAGAGACUGUAGAGACUGUGGAACUAAAACCAUCGAAGACAGAGAAGCUUCCGGUUCGAAAACCAAGUUUAGAGAAGGUGGACUUGAAACCUGUUCCUACGACCGUUACUGAAAGAGUCACGGAAGAAACUACUUCGAAGACUGAGUACGUUGAAGAGGAAGACACGUCGAUGUUAGACGUGUCUAGAACCGAAGAGAUUAGAAAACUGAGAAGAGAGAAGAUCGAGGAGAAGGUGGAACAAGCGAAACCAUGGACGGAAGAGAAGAUCACGUUGAAAAAGUCGAAACCUCUAAGGAAGGAAGUUGAGAAAGAGACUGUAGAGACUGUGGAACUGAAACCAUCGAAGACAGAGAAGCUUCCAGUGCGCAAACCAAGUUUGGAGAAGGUGGACUUGAAGCCUGUUCCGACGACAGUGACCGAGAAAGUCACCGAGAAAAUCACCGAGAAGACCGAAUACCUCGAACAGGAAGACACUUCUUUAUUAGACGUGUCGAAGACUGAAGAAGUGAAGAAAUUGAGGAAAGAAAAGAUAGAAGAGAAGCCAGAAGGACCGAAGCCUUGGACCGAAGAGAAGGUCACGUUGAAGAGAGCGAAACCUGUGAAGAAAGAGGUUGAGAAGGAAACGAUAGAAACAGUGGAGUUGAAACCAUCGAAGACUGUAAAAUCUGAGAUUCGAAAAGAGAGCCUGGAAACGGUGGAUCUUAAAUCUAUUGCGAAAGAAACUACGGAGAAAAUGGCGAAAGACGUGGUACAGAAAACUGACUACGUAGAACAAGAAGAUACAACGUUGCUCGAUGUUACCAAGGACACUCGAGUGAAGAAAACAAGGAAAGAGUCGGUUUCGGUAGAGAAGGUUGAACAACCUAAACCUUGGACCGAAGAGAAGGUAAUUUUGAAGAAGACCAAGGUUGAGCAAAAGGAAAUUCGUAGAGAAAGCCUCGAAGAAGUGACCCUGAAGCCGACUAAAACAGAGAAGAGGGAGAUUAGGAAAGAAACAUUGGAGAAAGUGGACUUGCAAAAGGUGACAGACAAGACCCAAUUCGUGGAGGAAGAAGAUACGAAGUUGCUGAAGUUAGACAAAGAAGAGAAGAUCGAAGAAGAGAAGAAAGAAAAGGUAGCAACUUGGAGAAGAGAAAGAAAACCGAAGGAAAAGGCGCCGUAUCAGGAAGAAGAGGAUAAAACGAUUUUGGACGUAAAGAAAGACGUCGAGGCUGAGGAGAAACCGAAGGAAGUGCCGGUUCCUUGGGCCAGAGGUAAAAAGAAACCUACGGAAGCGAUUCCGUACCACGAAGAAGAGGACACCGCUCUUCUUGACGUAGCAAAGACUGAGGAGACGACUGAAGAAAGACAGGCGAAAGAAGAAGUGCCGGUACCAUGGGUACGAGGGAAGAAGCGAAAGGAAGAGAAGCCAGAGAUUCCACAGGAUGUUCGACCUGAAGAGAAACCAGAGCAAGAAGAAGAAAAGGUCCCAUGGCUUCGAGACAAGAAGGUUCCACGAAAGAUACCGGAAAGGAAAGAAGAACAGGUUGAAGAUAUUCGAUCGGUUGUACUGAAGCCUGCCAGGCGUGAACGUGCACCGGAAGAAAAAGAGAAACCAGAAGAAGUGACUCUGAAGCCUGUCAAACGCAUUCCACGUGAAGAGGAAGAGAAGGAGGACGUGCAACUAAAACCCAUUCCGAAACGCAAACCCGAGGAAAAACCGAAGGAAGAGGUCAAAUUAAAGCCAUUCCAGAAAGCGAAACCAGAACAGGAGGAACGAGAGAAACCAGAACUGAGACCAUUUGAGAAACCGAAACCUAAAGCGCCAGAGGAGGAGAAGGUGCAGUUGAAACCGUUCGAACGAGAGAAACCGAAGGAAAAAGUGGCUGAAAAAGAGAAGAUUGUAGAAGAAACGGUAAUCAAGAAAGAAGAAGAGACUAUGGAGGACUUCAAGUCGGUAGCUUUGAAACCAGUUAAACGAGGCAAGAAACCUGAAGAACGAGAAGAUAAAGAAGAAGUCACGCUGAAACCGGUUAAACGUUUUCCAAAGGAAGAAGAAACUGCAGAAGAAAUUAAACUGAAGCCGGUGGAGAAACCGAAACCGGAGGAAAAGGUUGAAGAGAAGGAAGUGAAACCCCUGAAACCAGAAGUGACUCGAGCUCCUGAAAAAGAAAAGCCAACUGAAGAGGCGCCUGAAUUGCCAUGGCGACGAGUUAAAGACAAACCUGUUGAAGAGAAGGUUGUCGAAGAAAAGAAAGUUGAAGAAGAGGAGAAGGAAGUGUCUGAAGUUGGCUGGCGCAAGCCUCGAAAAGAAAAAAUUGAGAAGCAAAUAAAAGAUGUUGAAACUGAAGACUUCUCUGCGGUUGUAUUGAAACCUACGAGAAGGGAGAAGAAACCGGAAGAGAAGGUGGAGAUGGAGGAGGUGACAUUGAAACCGAUUCAGAAAAUGCCCAAAGAGAAAGAAACACCUGAAGAAGUAACGCUAAAACCAGUGGAAAAACCUAAAACAGUGGAGAAUGGUGAAAUUUUAGAAGAGACAACUGGAACGCCAUGGCGACGUGGUAAGAAACCACUUAAGAAAAUAACACCAGAGGAGAUUAAACCAGAAGAAACUGCCAAACCUGAGGAAGAAAAAGAAGAAGAAACCAUAAAACGAACUGAAGGAGAGCUGGUCUUCAGACGAAAAGAGAAAGAGAAACCCAAAGAGGAAGAAAAACCAGAAGUCAAAUGGAAACCUGGCAAACGUCUUCCUAAGGAAGAAGAAGAAAAAGAAGAAGUAAAGUUGAAGCCAAUUAAGAAAGAAAAGCCAGAGGAAGAGCAACAGGAAAUCAAACUGAAACCUGUCAAACGUCUUCCUAAGGAAGAAGACGAAAAACCAGAAGAGGUAACAUUGAAACCUGCCAAACAACUUCCUAAGGAAGAAGAAGAGAAAGAAGAGGUAAAAUUGAAACCAAUUAAAAAAGAAAAACCAGAAGAAGAAAAACCAGAAGAAAUCAAAUUGAAACCUGUCAAACGUCUUCCUAAGGAAGAAGAAGAAAAACCCGAAGAAGUAACGCUAAAACCUGUUAAACUUCUUCCUAAGGAAGAGAAAGAAAAGGAAGAAGUAAAAUUGAAACCAAUUAAGAAAGAAAAACCGGAAGAAGAGAAGCCAGAAGUUAAAUUAAAACCAGUCAAGCGUUUGGAGAAACCAGAAGAGGAAAAGCCUGAAGAAGUAACGCUGAAACCUGUCAAACGUCUUCCUAAGGAAGAAGAAGAAAAGGAAGAGGUAAAAUUGAAACCAAUUAAGAAAGAAAAACCGGAAGAAGAGAAGCCAGAAGUUACGCUAAAACCUGUCAAACGUCUUCCAAAGGAAGAAGAGGAAAAACCGGAGGAAGUUAUACUAAAACCAGUGAAACGACUUCCUAAGGGAGAAGAAGAGAAGGAAGAAAUAAAAUUGAAACCAAUUAAGAAAGAGAAACCAGAAGAAGAAAAACCAGAAGUUAAAUUAAAACCAGUCAAGCGUUUGGAGAAACCAGAAGAGGAGAAGCCUGAAGAAGUAACGCUGAAACCUGUCAAACGUCUUCCUAAGGAAGAAGAGAAGCCAGAAGAAGUUAUUUUGAAGCCUGUAGAAAAGAAGAAACCAGAGGAAGAAGAGAAGAAACCAGAGGUGAAAUUGAAGCCAAUCAAACUUCUGGAGAAACCAAAAGAUGAGAAACCAGAGGAAGUGAAAUUAGAACCGGUUCCAAAACCGGUUGCUGAAAAAGUCGAAGAGAAACCCGAAGAAGAGGAAAAACCAGAAACAGUGUUACCAUGGCGCCGUGGCAAAAGAACGAAGAAGGUGGUCGACUUCCGAGAAGAAGUCACUGUCGUACCGAUCGACCAGGAGAAAGUGGUUUUGGAUGAAACAACGGUCGUUGAGCAUAAAGUGGAAGCUACGGAGAUAAUCCAGGUGGAAGUUAAAGAGAUCGAAGAACAAAAACCCGAGGAGGCGCCUGCGCUUUCGUGGAGAAGACCGAAGGAAGAAACGGUGAGAGAGGUCGUCGAGGAGAAGAUCGAAGUUGAGGAAAUGAAACCUGAAGUGGUGCGCAAAGAGGACGAAGUGGUCGAAGAGGUCGUCGAAACGGAAGUCUCUUGGAGAAAAAGACGAAAGCCAAAGAAGCCGGAAGAAGAGAAGAAGGUGGUGGAACUGACACCAGUCGAGAAACGCGAAGAAUUUAUCGAGAAAGUAGAAGAAGUGGUUCUUAAACCAGUCGUAAAGGAAGAAGUGUCCGAAAUAGUAGAGGAGAAGCAUGAAAUUCGUCUCAAGCCAGUUCCUCAGAAACCGCGGGAAGAGGAAAUACCCGAAAAGGUAACUCUGAAGCCCGUGAAGAGAAAGAAACCUGAGGAGAUACCUAAGAAAGAAGAGGUACCGGAAUUGAAACCGGCGAAAUUGGAAAAACCAGAAGAGGAAGAAGUGAAGGAAGAAACGGUGGCUGAAAUGCCAUGGAGAAAACCAAGGAAGAAACCUGAAGAGGCACCCGUGCCUGUUCCUGUAGAAAAGGAAGAAGUCGUCGACGAAACAGUGACCGUAGAAGAGGUCAAAGUGAAGAAGGUUAAAGACGUAGUCGCCGAGGAUAUAGUCGAGGUCGAAAAGAAAGUCGAAGAGGAAAAAGUGGAGGAGCGUAAGAGGAAACGCAAGCAGCGUACGCAGAUAGAAAUAUCCAUCACGGAUAAAGAUAAAAAGAUCGCCCCGAGGUUCAUUCAGAAGUUGCAGCCCGUUAUCGCGCAACCGGAAACAACCGCGAAAUUCACGUGCACAGUUUUUGGCAAUCCAUUCCCCGAGAUUACAUGGUACAGAAACGAGCAGGAGCUUCACGCCAGCGAGAAGUAUAUAAUGACCAUCUAUGAAACGACCGCUUCUUUGGAAAUAGCCAAGGUGAAGGAGGAGGACGCCGGCAUGUAUUCCUGCAGAGCGUCGAAUCCUGCUGGAGUAGCCACGUCCACCGUGAAUCUCGUGAUAUUCGAAAAAGAGGAAGAAGGCGUAGCGCCACACUUCGCGACACCCAUUAAGCCUCUCAUGGUGGAGGAGCACCAACCAGCUGUGCUCGAGUGCGUGGUCACUGGAACACCAGUGCCGGAAGUGAAGUGGUACCGCGGUGAGCAAGAGCUGAAGCCGCGGAACGGCAGAGAAAUCACCUUCAAUCCCGAAACUGGCGAGGCGAAAUUGCACAUACUGCAGCCGACCGAGGAGGACGAGACGAUUUAUCGCGUUCGAGCUGUGAAUAAAUUCGGCCGGGCCGAGUGCAGAGCGAACUUGGUGAUCAGUAACGUGGUAAAGGUCAGUAAACCGGAAGUUCUACGAGCACCGAGGAUCACCAGACCCCUGCCAGCUUUGGUGGCCGAACUUGGAAAGCCACUGAUCUUGUCGGCCGAUUUCGAGAGCAAACCGACGCCGGAAGUAAAAUGGUUCCGCAACGGGGCCGAGAUCAUCCCGUCUGAUAAACGCCUGAUAAAUAUAUACGAAACUACUGCUGAACUGCGUAUUCCCGAAGUGGCGAAGAAAGAUGGCGGCAAGUACGAGGUUAGAGUUCAAAAUCCUGUUGGGGAGGCGAGAAGUUCGGGCUCUGUUACAGUGAGAGAACACGAGGACAAGACGGACGAGGUGAAAGCACCGAGGUUCGUCGAGCCGCUACAACCACAAAUCGUUGCCGAGGGAGAGGUCGUGAUCAUGGAAACGCGUGUCGAAUCCUAUCCGACAGCCUCCUUCCAAUGGUUCCACGAGACUCGUCCUCUGGAGUCCACGCCACAGGUGAGGAUCGUGACACAGGAGAACAGAUCGAUCCUCAUGAUCAAGGAGAUCAAGCCAGAGUUCGCGGGCACGUACACCUGUCGCGCCGAAAACGUUGGCGGCUCGGUCACCUGCACGGCGACGAUAAAUUUGUUGGAGACACCGUGGGAAGAAACGGUGGAGCUUGUUUCACCGACGUUCGUCAAACGAUUGUCACCGGUCAGGGUCAUGGACGGCGAGAGCGCGAACCUGACGUGCAUCGUUCAAGGAAAGCCUACACCCAGAGUCGAGUGGUACCACGACAACAAACCGAUCAAGGAAGGCAAGGAGAUCACUAUUGUGCAAGACACGGAAGGUGUCUGCAGCUUGGCUAUAACCGAAGUGUUCCCUGAAGAUGCUGGAGAAUACACUUGUCGUGCCGUGAAUCCUGUUGGCGAGGCCGUUUGCAUGUCGUCGCUUGUCGUGGAAGCAUACGAGUACGUACCUGAUUCGGAGAUUGCAUCCUCGAUCGUUGCGACGUCUCUUACUACAGGGCAAAGUGGUUCGGAAGAGGAUCUCUUAUCUCCCAAGGAAACUCCCUUGUUCGAUACGGACACAGAGGAAUCUGCGCCGGAGAUAAUAAAGAAACUUCCUCAGUUAAUUCCUACCAAAGUCGGAGAAUUAACCAGAUUGGAAGUGAAGGUCAGAGGAAAGCCGAAGCCAGAAGGAAAAUGGUACAAGCAGGGUCAGGAGAUCAUACCGUCGGAAGAAUUCCAAGUCGAGGAAUUCGAGGAUGGCACGUCGAUAUUGACGAUCGCCGAAACUUAUCCCGACGACAUGGGCGAGAUUGUGUUCGAAGUACACAAUCCGCUCGGCGUGUCGACUACCACGACAUAUCUGUCGGUAGAAGGAAUCGUCGGAACGAAGGAGUACAGGAAACCGUCGUGGGUGGCUCACAUGGAGGAGAUGCAAGAGGCUCUGAAAGCCACGCAAUCUGUACCACGAUUCAUUCAAGAGAUUACCGACGUUUAUGCAAAGGAAGGUGAAACCGCGGUGUUCGAAUGCUCGUACUCUGGCAAUCCUGUUCCAGAUGUCGUGUGGUACAAGAAUGACAAGAUGAUCGCCAAUACCCCGAACGUGAAAAUUCGCAUCCUUGAUGAGGAGAAAAAGACAGCGUUGAUAAUUAAACACGCAACCGAAGAGGACGACGCCGUUUAUGUGUGCAAAGCUACCAGCGAGAUAGGUUUGGCAACGACGAAAGCUAAACUACGCGUAACAGAUAUAACGGGUGAAAGACAGUUCUUCGACGAAGAGGAAGUCGUCGAGGAGCAGGUGAUUGAAGUCAAACCUAAGGAGAAACCACACAAGAAGAAGAAGCCUGAACUGAAGAAGGCUAAAGAGACCAGGGAGAAGGUGAAGACUGAACGCGUGAAGAUAGACAAGAAGGAAGUGCGCAAAGAGAAGCUGAUUUCCAAGGAACAGCCGGAGGAAAAGAAAAUUGUCGACGUUGAAGAAACUCAGGUACUCGAAACGACAGAAAUUAUCGAAGAACAACCAACGGAGGUAUCACGAGCAAAGAAAGUGGUGCCAAUUCAGGAGCCACUGGUGACAGAAGCGACCGCGUCGCUGAAGAAAAUCGACGAUCAGAAGACGCGCGAGAUGGUACCGAAACCUGAGGAACGUGCGAAACGGGUGGUGGAGGAGCGCGAGGGAGUGGUUGUCGUCUCGGAAGUAGCCACGGAAGACAUAGCGCGAGAUUUUACGGUGGAAUCGGUGAUCGAUCGCGCUCAGAUCACGUCGGAGACUUUAGAGACCGUCUCUGUCACUGAGGUGCACACCGAGGCCAGCGUGCAGGAGAUGAAACGAAUCGACACGAAGCAACGAAAGGCGAAGAAAACGGUGGUGACCGAGGAACAGAUAUUCGAGGAGAAGCCCAGAGAGGUGAUCACGGAGGAGAAACCGAAAAAGAAGAAGAAAGACAGGGUGAAGGUGACCAUCGAGGAAAUCGUGGAGAGACAGCGAGAGAACAUCGCGAGAGAGGUGGAGGAGAUCAUGGAGACGCUUCACGCGAAAGAAUUCGGGCCUGGGGAAGCACCUCUUCGCGAAUUGGCUACCAUCGGCUUUUUGGUGCGCCAAGGAGUCUCCGUGAACGAGAUAAACGAGAGCUUGUACAGAACGGACAACUUCCCCGCGCUGAAAACCCCCGAGGCUCAGAACGCGCUGGUUCAGCUGGUGGAGAGGGAAGGCCACGGUCCGUUGAUCACGCAGGUUCUGACAGAGGAAACGACCACCGACGAAAGUGUGGUGGCUGCUACCGUUGGCUUCCGUGCUUUCAUGAGAAUGAUCGAGCUGCAACACGUCACCGUGGAGGAGGUGCUCACGCACUUUGCCCCGGAGGACUUCCGGCCGCGUGCUUGGGAAGUUACAGAAGCUACGGAAAUUGAAACGGAGGAGCGGAUUACGGAACGAGUGGAUGUCAUCCGUAAAACGGAGGUCCAUUUCAUGGAGAGGAGGGACGAAAGAAAAGCCGUCCGCACGCAGGAUAUUCGUGACAUUAAAGAAUACGAGGACACACGGCAGGCACACACGACACUGCACGAACGAAAAGUAACAAAACCGAAGGAACAGAUCGAGGAGAGAAAGGAAGAUAGGGACGAGGGGGUUCAGGUUGUAGAGAUCGAAGAGAUCGAGGAGACCGAAAAGGAGAGGAAGAAGAGAAAGGACGUGGAAGAGACCGAGGAAGAAAUCGAGACGGUUAUUAUCGAAACAGACUCAAGGGGCAGACUGGCUCAGAAACAAAGGAAACACGAUGAUAUAGAAAAACAGGUAGACGAAGAGGAGGAGGAGGAGGAGGAAAUUAUAGAGAAAGUGAGGAAAGAAUUGAAACCGAAACGACCAAAGAUUGGUCAGGACGAGGUUGAGCUGGAAGAGAUCGAAGAGUUCGAGAUUACCAGAGAUAAAUCUAUGCCUUCGAUCGUGUUGAACGUUCCUAGCCAACGGCAUCAAGUGGUGCCUUUGGAUCGUACCAUCGAACAGGCACCUGGAAAACCAGAACUAGAGAGAGCUAAAUUGACGAUGGACACCAUCACGCCGUUGACCGAGCAAUUGGUUCCUGUACAGGAGAAAGAGAUCGACGAUAUAUCUCGCGUCAAGCCGGUCGAACGCAAAGCAUCCAUGUCUAUUUCACCGGUGGAGCCUUACUCCACUACCGAGACAACUGUUCAAGCUUCCACCGGUGAAUUCGCCGACACGUUCAAGCCUACGUCGUACGAGGCAACGCCAGGUUUCGUUCCAUCGGAGGGUUUGGUCGUCAGCGAGACUCUGACCAACGACGCUGGCCUGUCUGCUCUGACCAUAGACAAACAGGAAGUCGGUCGAACUGCGGACGUUAGCGUGACUGUACAAGAAGCUACCACCGUGUACGAGACGAUGGUAAGUCAGAAGGAAGCUCCGACAGAAGAUUUCGUGUCGCCGUUAACGGCCAAAGCGGAAGACACUGUUCUACCUCAGGUAGGGCUGUCAGUGUACGAAGUUCAAGAAGGACUGUCGGAGGACAAGCUGGAACCGUUGAGGACUGUGCCAACUAAACCCAGAGUGAACGUAACGACGGUUGAGCCACUGGUCGUUGAAGAAGUUCGGGCAGAGGACAAACCAGGAAAGUAUUACCCAGAACUGGUAGUCCCUACGGAAGUUGCCACGGAAACUGUGAUUCCGCAACGUCAGCGAGUCACGGAGGAAACGCACGCGCCUGAGAAGGAAGGUGAGUACGUGCCAGGAAGACUACCAUCCAGUCAGAGAGCUCAGGUCGGAAUCUCCUACGGGAACGAAAUAGCAAUUGUCCAGCAGAAUGUCGUUCAGGAGAGCGAGGGGCUGUUUGUUUCUGAACGAAAAACCGACACGUUCGAGGCUACGACGAACGUGACUCUGUUAGAAGGAGUUUCCGUGUCCACGGUACAAACGCAAGACACGGAGACUCACUUGACAAUCGAAGAGACGAAGAGGGCUGUGGCCGAUUUGAACGUGGUCGAAAUCGCGUCGGCCAUGACUGUGGAGACUGUCCCAUCUGAGAAGGAGAAGGAGUAUCAACCAGGAGAUAAACCAGUUACAAAGACGGCAGAGACGUCGAUAUCUUCGUUGGAAAUUGGCUCUGUCGCGAGUACACUCGUUCAAGAGUCCGAGGGUAUCUAUCAUCCGGACCAGAAGCCAACCAAGGUACUGGCGGAAACUUCGAUCCGACCCGAGGAACACGUGAUGAUAUCGGAGAUCCAGACAGCGGAUUAUCCGUCAGAUUUCAAGGAGGAACUAAAGUACGUGGAGGAAAGUGGAACCGUGGCUGUGCAAUUGACCGAGGCUAAGACGGUGCAAGAAACAAUGAUCCACGACCGCGAAGCGAAAAUGGAAGAGGUAGCAAAACCAGAGGAACGUGUAGUUGAAGCUAGUUAUGACGCGAUUAGAAGCAUCGAGGUGUUCCAGACAACGUCCAUAGAGAAGGAAGCUGAUCUCAAGAUCUUCGAGAUGCCGGAAUCUCAUCGUGGAAAGACGGUGCCCGCUCAUCCCGUGGUUUCGUUAGAAGUUGAGAUGACUCAGCCGGAGGACAAUUUAGGCGUUAUCAAGAAAGAAAUCCCAUCUUCUGGUGUGGCUAAGGUAGAGCCAAUCGGGUUGCAGGGUACUGUAGUAGGAGAGACAGUCGUGGCAGAAGACGUGGCACCUGUCGAAAAGGACAAAUCACCUGAAUCGAAGAUGGCUGAAAUCACAAUGAACGAGAUAGAGAGCGUGCGUACCACUAUGGUGAUCGCUAGUGAGAGAGAAGCCGAGUACACGCAGAUUUCUGAGGUUAAGGGAGAGUAUGCCAGCACAGAGUUCACCACGCAAGUCGCUCCGGUGUUCGAGGAAGUCAGAACUCACUCGCCAACGGGUGAAUACGUGCCUGAGGAGAAACCAGCUUCCGGCGUGGCUGAACCAUCGCACGUUCCACUGGAGAGCGUGACUGUAGCCAUGCAACAGCUAGCAGAGAAGGAAGAUUUGUACAAAGCCGACGUACAACCGGAUCAGAAGACAGCGAUUUUAGAAUUGACUGAACCCAGACCCGGCCCAACUGUCACGGAGGUUAUUCCACACGAUCGCGAGAACGUUUACAGCCCUGACGCGAGACCACAGGAUUACACUGCUCAGACGUUGGUGUCCGGUCGCACGGUCGCGCUGAAGUCAGAGACUCUGGUAGAGCAAAGCACCGCUGUGAUGAGCAUCGACAAACCAAAGUCCGGAAAGGCUAUUCCGCAAAGGGACGCUCUGGAGGAAUUGAUCGUCACGGAGACGACCAUCGCUGAAACGGAGAAGACUCGGGAAGCAGAUGUACUGCCAACUACUCAGAGCGCUGACGUUGAGAUCCAGACGAAGACUGAGAAACUGACAGUGACCGAGGUGACCAGUGUCCAGGAAGAGGAGAAGUUAGAAGUGGAAGAGAUACCGAAAGAGAGAAAGGUUACUCUAGGAAUCACCGGAGGUCACGAGGUCGCCGAACUAGAGGAGACAAUUCUCGCGAGCAACGUAGAUAUUCUGACGGAAGAGAAGGCGAAGGAAGAGCGUGCUAGUCAGCAACAGAGUGGACUGGAAAUCGUCGAACAGACGGAGAUAUCAGUCUCUGAGAAAGAGUCUCCUCUACAGGAAGAUAUGAAACCUGAUACUAAGAACGUUGAGGUCACUUUCGAAGAAGGUCAAAGUGUCGUGGUAGGUAUGACGUAUCCGGAGGAUAAAGAAGGAGUUUUCACUGGAGAGGAGAGACCCAAAGGCGUGGAAGCCACGGUAGACGUGGUCACUCAAGGAGUGGCGUCUAAAUUCGAGAUCAUCAGUGACACAGGUCUGAGCGACUUGCCACGCGAUACCGUUCAGGAAAUGAAGCCAAAGACCACGGUGCUGGCUGUCGAAGCCGUGGUUGCUGAAGAGGUGCAGACCAGAGAGACAGAAGCGCCAUUCAGCGAGAUUAAACCUUCCGAUAAGAAAGCGAAUCUUGAGUUCGUGACUGGUGAAGGUUUGAUUGUGUCAGCAGUUACCACCGAAGACAAAGAGAGCCUGCUUCCAGAAGCUGAGAAACCAGAGACCAAGUCAGCUAGCUUCGACAUUCCGACACACACUGUGGCGCAAACUAGCGAGACCACCACGACAGAUAACAUAGGCGAAUUUAAGCGCGAGGAAGCUCCCGCGGCAACGGCUACGACGGAUCAUAUCACUUUCCGCAGUUUAAUUGCCUCGGAGACUGCUCCUGGCGACCUGGAGAAGCCUAUGGAAGAUUUCGUUCAACCAGACAAGAAAGUGGUAGACGUUUCAUUCCAGGAAGAGGAGGGAGUCACGGUGAUCGAGACGAUCGCUUCAGACAAAGAGAAGGAGUACUUCGAGAGACUGGAGAUCCAUGGUGAACAGGCCACGCCUAGUUUCGAUGCUCACAAAGUGGCUCAACUGACAGAGAUCAAUCCAGCUGCUGUUUCCGGUGACUUGACCGUACCCGUGCCAGCUACAGUCGCAGCCAAAGAGGAACGAUUGCCAUUCGAGAGCGUCGUUCAAACCGAGACCAUUGUGUCCGAGACGGAGAAAGAAUUCAAAGAUAAACCUGUCAUCACCAACAAAGCCGAAGUGUCUGUCAGUGAAAUCAUCAGCGCUACUACCACCACCGAGAUCCCGGCCGACAAAGAGGAUAGUCUCCAGAUCCCUGAGAAACCGACUGAAAAACAGGCUAGCGUCCAGUUUGCCGGACACGUGAUUGCGGAGAAGACUGAAAUCACCGUUGACUCGAGUGCUGGAAAGUUAGAAGAGGUGAAGCCAGUUUCCGCGUCAGCAGUGCCAUCUAGCAUCCCCCUGGAAGCUUUAAUUAGCUCGGAAACCCAACCAACCGAGGCUGAAGGGUCGCUCGACAAGGAUAAAGCGCCGUUGCGAGCAUUGGCUGACUUGUCCAUGGUGGAGGAACAGAGUAUACAAGUGUCAGCUGUGAUUUUAGAGGACAAAGAGGAAGAGUACAAGUCCAAAGAGUUGCCAGAGAUGAGGACUGCUGGGAAAAGCUUGGUUUCUGGUCACGUGGUCGCGGAAACAACGGUGCAAGUCGCAGAUUUCAGCGCAGGAGUGUUCGUCGAAGAGAAACCAUCAGGCGCCACUGCAGUACCAGAACACGUUCCGUUUAUCCCGUUGAUUGAGUCUCAGACUGUCGUGCAGGAAAGCGAGGACAGAUUCAUACCGGGACAACUACCAGAGGAUAAGAGAGCUGUCGUAGAUCUUGAGGAAGGUAGACAGAUCGUGACUGUUUCCCAAAUAACUCCCGCGGACAAAGAAUCUCUAUACGUUGCUGAAGAACAACCAUCUAAGCGUGCAGCUUCCGUUGGACUGGAUACCACUCGCGCGAUUGCCGAAACCACCACAGUCUCUGUCGAAGAUUCGGUGGCAGAAGUAAAUAUAGAGAGACCAGAUACCAAAAAGGCGUUGCCGAGUCAAGAAGUGUAUCAAAGUGUGCAAGUCAGGGAGGAUAUCGUUCAGGAUCAAGAGAACAUCUUCGAAGGAAAGUUCAAGCCAGAAGUUCAGAAGGUGGAAGUUUCGAUCGAAGAAGGUAAACGCGUGACCACCGUCGUCGAAGUGAGCGCAGCGGAUAAGGAGGAGGUGUUGAAAACCAUGCAGGAAGAGAGAACACGAUCGGCAGUGCCGGCUAUUGUAUCUGGUCACGAGGUAGCGGAAAGAUCAGAGAUCAUUCCACACUCGAGUACUGGAGAAAUAGACAUCGUGAGACCUAUAACAGCGACGGCACAGGUGGGCCAGAAGCCGUUCGAGACGGUAGAAACGACGGAACAGAUCCUGGCGGAGAAAGAAGUGGACAAGAUCGAAGAACUAUCGAUGCAGAAGACCAGCGCGCGUGUCACGAUAGACGAGAACAGGUUUAUCGCUGUAACUGAAGCAACCACGGCACAGGAUGUCGAAGCAGAAUUGUCAGCCAUGAGAAAACCCCGCGAAGAAAUAGCAAAGCCAGCAAUGGAGGGUAAAGAAGUCGCCGAACAGAUGGAAGUGUCUCUGAAGGAAGGGCUUGGAGAUCUUCCCGAAGCUCCGAAACCAACGGCCUUCGAGGCGCGUCCUACUCAAACUACGUUGGAGAGCGUUGACAUCAGUGAGACAGUCCCAGAGGAACAUGGCGCGAUAUUCGAGAAGAAGAUGGAACUGGACGAACGUAGCGCGAGAGUGAGCUUCGUGGAAGGAAAGAGCGUCACGGUUUCUCAGGUAAUCACUCAGGAUAAGGAGGACACUAUGAUAAUACAGAGACGCGAAGAAAGCACUGCUCAGGUGACUCUGACGAGAGUUGGAAUGGACGUGGCGCAGAAGGCUCAAGUGUUCGUCGAUCAGAGCACCGGAGAUGUUCGACCGUUAGAGAAACACGAGGUGAAAGCUCAUCCUAAACAGGAUGCCCUGGAACCAAUCAUCGUCGAAGACGUUCCAAGUGCAGAAAGCGAAGGAAUAUUCGAUAAGUAUCCAAGGACAGUUUCGUCAACCGCAGUGCCUACGUUCGAAGAGGGUCGCAGUAUAUCAGUGACGGAAGUGACAUCGGCUGAAGUUGAGUCUUUGUUGAAGGAAAGAAAGUUAGAGGCUGCUCAGACAGCUAGCAGUACAAUCAUCACGGAACGUAACAUCAUCGAGACCACUCAAGUCGAGUCUCAAGUUAAUAUACCAGACAAGGUGAAAGAAGACACGGUAAAGCCACAAGUAGCUACUCUAGGUCAAGACACGUUUGAAAGUAUCAUUGUGAGUCAGAACAUAGUCGAAGAGAGCGAGCGUACGUUCGAAGGCAUGUUCAAACCUCAGACUCAAAGAGCAGACGUAGAUGUGCAGAAAGUGACGCCUCUUCAAGUGUCAGAGACUAUUACCGAGGACAAAGAGAGUGUUUUCGACGUUGUGCCUAAGAGAGAAGGGGUUACAGCCAUCCAAGACAUCAGUCUUCACGAAACUGUAGUUGGAUCGUUGGUGGAGAGUGUUCAGAGUACUCAAGAAAUUCACGAGGAGAAACGAGUGUCUUCUCAAGCCACGAUGACCCAGACUGUCAUAGAAACAGCUGUUAAGGUUGAGACGACAGCUGGCGAACGUGAAGAGACGUUCGAAGGGAAGUUUAAGCCUGAAGAACAGAAAGGAAAGCCUCAGAUGGAAGGACUUACUACCGUUACGAUUACUGAAAUAGUUUCCAACGAGAUUGAAGAUGUCCUGCCUGUAGAUGUUGCUCCUAGAGAACAGCUGGCUCAGCCUAGUUUGACUGGCAGAGAAGUUCCCGAAGUGACGCAAAUAAUAACUGGAGCGACCACCGAAGAAUUCGAGAAAGUAACUCAAUUGAAGGAACAACAAGGUAAAAUGGAAGUGGAAGAAAUGACUUCGGUGACGAUCUCCGAGGUAAUAUCCAACGAAACGGAAGAUGUAUUCACUACCAAGUUCGUGCCUAAAGAUCAGAAGGCAGACUUUAAUAUUCUAGGCCGAGAGGCAGCAGAAACAUCCCAAGUGACAACCAUAACUGAAACUGAAGAACUGACGGUGAAACGUCCUGAAGAACAGAAAGGCAAACCAAAAUUGGACGAGCUAACUCCGCUCACAAUUUCUCACGUCAUAUCUGGAGAAGCUGAGGAAGCACUACCAACAGCUGAAAUCCCAACGGAGAAGACAGCUCAGCCUAGUCUGAUAGGAAGAGACGUAGCAGAAACUAUACAGGUGUUGACUGUUGCCAGUGCAGAGGAACUCGUGGCAUCUAAAGCUCCGGAGGAGCAGAAAGGGAAACCUAAAUUGGACGAGUUCACUCCGCUCACAGUUUCGCACAUUGUGUCUGCAGAAGCUGAAGAAACGCUACCAACAGCUGAAGUACCAAAAGAGAAAACAGCUCAGCCUAGUUUGACAGGCAGAGACGUAGCAGAGACAUUACAGGUGUUGACCGUUGCGAGUGCAGAGGAACUCGCAGCACCCAAAGCUCCAGAAGGACAGAAAGGAAUGCCACAAAUAGAAGAACUGGCUCCUUUGACAGUUUCACAGGUGGUCUCUCAAGAAGCGGAAGAAGCAUUGCCUGCGCCAGAAGUUCCAGUUGAAAGAGAAGCGCAGCCAAGCAUGAUAGGCAGAGACGUGGCACAAACGAUGGAAGUUAUGACUAUGGCGAAUGUUGACACGUUAGCUGAAGACAAGAAGCCUGGAGAACAAAAAGGUGUUCCUGGUCUGGAGGAAUUUGUAUCCAUAUCGGUGUCGCAAACAGUUUCCACUGAGAUGGAAGACGUGCUGCCGAGUCCUGAAGUGCCUGUAGAGAAAAUGGCGCAACCAAGCCUAACAGGACGUGAUAUAGCAGAAACUACUCAAAUUUUGACAAUGAUGGCUGCGGAAGAAUUAAUGGCUGACCGAGCGCCAGAGCAACAGAAAGGAAAACCAAAUGUAGAAGAACUCACUUCUAUUACCAUCUCUCAGACGGUUUCACACGAGACUGAAGAGACGUUAGAGAAGCAAAUAGCACCUAGUUCGGUGACUGCUAAACCAGCUCUUACGGGAAGAGAAGUCGCUGAAACUAGUCAAGUUCUAACUGUGACCAGUGUAGAAGAAUUAGAAAAAGCUAUACUACCUGAAGGACAGAAAGGUAAAGCAAGUUUGGACGAAUUGACGUCUUUAACAGUUUCUCAAGUGGUGUCCAAUGAAUUGGAAGACAUUCUACCGUCUCCUGAAAAACCAAGUGAGAAAAUUGCUCAACCACUGAUAACUGGCAGAGAAAUAGCUGAAAAGACUGAAGUCUUGACUGUGACGAGUGUAGAGGAAUUAGAAAAGCCUAUAUUACCCGAGGAACAAAAAGGAAAGCAAACACUGGAUGAACUGACGUCAAUUACAGUUUCCCAAGUUGUUUCUAGCGAAUUGGAGGAUACUUUGCCAUCUCCUGAGAAACCAAGUGAGAAGAUUGCUCAACCACAAAUGAUUGGCAGAGAAAUAGCUGAAAAGACUGAAGUCUUGACUGUGACGAGUGUAGAAGAAUUAGAAAAGCCCAUAUUACCCGAGGAACAAAAAGGAAAGCCAACAUUGGACGAACUAACGUCAAUUACAGUUUCCCAAGUUGUUUCAAACGAAUUGGAGGAUACUUUGCCAUCUCCUGAGAAACCAAGUGAGAAGAUUGCUCAACCGCAGAUGAUUGGCAGAGAAAUAGCUGAAAAGACUGAAGUCUUGACUGUGACGAGUGUAGGGGAAUUAGAGAAAUUGGAGAAACCUGAGAGCCAGAAGGGCAGACCGGAUGUGGAAGAGCUGAGCUUCCUUACCGUUUCAGAAGUGAUAUCAACAGAAGCUGAGAAGGAAUUACCAGCUCCAGAAGCUCCCAAAGUACGCAAAGCUCUUCCACAAUUGGACAGCAUUGAAGUUGCUGAAACGUCAGAAGUCUUAACUAUGACCAGUGCCCAGGAACUUCCUAAACCAAAAGCACCGGAGGAACAAAAAGGGAAGCCUCAACUGGAAGAAUUGCUGUCUCUGUCAGUGUCAGAAGUAGCGUUUGGUGAACUAGAGAAAGGUCUUCCAACACCUGACGAACCGUCCACUCAAACGGCCAAACCUAGUCUCUUGGGUAUCCAAGUUGCUGAGAAAUCCCAGGUGAUCACGUCGGUCACUGCUGAAGAGUUGCAAGAAGCUAGCAAACCAGAUACGAAACAAAUUAUUCCCGAACAAAUUCCGUUCGAAAGUAUUGAACAAAUGCAACCAGUGGCCCAAGAGAGCGAGGAUACACUCGUCGUCGAGAAAACAGCUAUAUCGGUCACGGCUGAGAUGUCGUUCCGCAUGUCGGAGAGUGUCGAAGUGACACAGGUGACAGCUACGGAACAAGAAUCGAAGGAAGUGAUAAAAGGCGUUGCGAAAGAAGUUUCGGCUCAACCUGACGUAAUUAAACACGAAGUAGCUUUGAAGACUGAGAUUCAACCAGCUGAUGCAGCUGGUGAAUUUAAAGUAACUAAGCCUGAGGGAAAGACAGCCAGAGGUAUAGAUGAGAUUCGGCAAGGUGUGAUCGUGACAGAACCACUGAGCUCUGGCGAAACUGAGUCAGAAAUGCCCGAGUCUGCGUUACCUUUCGCGAAGUUAGCAAGCGUUACUAUCGAGGCAGAACACCUGGAACACGUUGUGGAAACUACAGAAGUACCAGCGCAACAACAUCACAUCACAAUCACACAACACACAACAAAACACGAUACGCCACAGCAAACGAUCGAAUCAGACACAGAGGUAAUCGAAGAGUACACGACGAAAUUCAGGCGCGGAAGUAAGGACGAUGAAACUGCCGCGGUUAAGACUAAGAAAACGAUUAUACGUAAGAAAAAGCCUAAGACAGAGGCUGAAGAGGACAAUGUCGUCGUCAUUGAGGAGGAACUUGAAGAUAUCAAACCGAAAAUACCAUCGAUACCAAAGAAACAGUUUAUGCCUAUCGAGGAGAUCACCACAACGAUGGAUGUUGAAGAAAUUGUACCAACGAGAAUCGACGAGGUCGAAGAAACUCACAAGGAAGAGGAGAAAGUUGAAGUUGAAGUAAUUCAAGUUCAAGAUACGGAUCAAAAGAAGAAAGUUACCAAGAAAAUUGUACGAAAGAAAGGAAAAGCACAAGUUACUGAGGAAACGACGGUGGAAGAAGAAGGAAAAGCACCAGUAACCACGGUAAUAACGAAACCAAUGGAAGAAGAAGUACCAGAGGAAGAAACAAAACCAUUGGCGCCAGUAGACUACAUUACACCUACUGAAAAAGUGGAAGAACAAGUGACACUAACGGAAGAAGUAACAAAAGAAGGAAAACCAAAGAAAAUUACUAAAAAGAAGAUAAUUAAGAGGAAAGGUAAAGAGCAACAGGUGACUGAAGUAGUUACAGUCGAAGAAGAAGGAAAAGCACCAGAGACUAGUGUCGCUGAAGGACCAGCGGAAGAAGUAGUAGAAGAGAUCGUGAAACGAUUACCAACACCACAAUAUGUCAAACCAUCGGAAGUAGAGGAGGUUAGGGAGCAAGUUACAGUUACAGAAGAAGUAACUCGAUGGGGUAAACCAAAGAAAACUACAAAGAAGAAAAUUAUUAAGCGUAAAGGACAGGAACAGCAAGUGACAGAAGUGAUUACAGUCGAAGAACAGGGCAAAACACCUGUGACAACUGUAACUGAAGGACCAGUGGAAGAAAUCGUUGAAGAAACUAUAAAACCACUGCCUGCAUCAGAACGUAUUACACCAACGGAAGUAGAAGAAGUAAAAGAGCAGGUGACAGUCACAGAAGAAGUUACCAGAGAAGGUAAACCUAAGAAAAUUACCAAAAAGAAGGUGAUUAAACGUAAAGGAAAAGAACAACAAGUGACUGAAGAGGUAACUGUUGAAGAACAAGGUAAACGACCUGUUACAACUGUAACUGAAGGCCCUGUAGAAGAGGUAGUAGAAGAAAUUAUUAAGCCGUUACCUGCUCCAGAACGCAUCACUCCAACAGAAGUAGAAGAAGUAAGAGAGCAAGUGACAGUCACUGAAGAAGUCACAAAAGAAGGCAAACCGAAGAAAAUUACCAAAAAGAAGGUGAUUAAACGUAAAGGAAAAGAACAACAAGUGACUGAAGAGGUAACUGUUGAAGAACAAGGUAAACGACCUGUCACAACUGUAACUGAAGGCCCUGUAGAAGAAGUAGUAGCAGAAAUUAUUAAACCGUUACCCGCUCCAGAACGUAUCACUCCAACAGAAGUAGAAGAAGUAAGAGAGCAAGUGACAGUCACUGAAGAAGUCACAAAAGAAGGCAAACCGAAGAAAAUUACCAAAAAGAAGGUGAUUAAACGUAAAGGAAAAGAACAACAAGUGACUGAAGAGGUAACUGUUGAAGAACAAGGUAAACGACCUGUUACAACUGUAACUGAAGGCCCAGUAGAAGAAGUAGUAGAAGAAAUUAUUAAACCGUUACCCGCUCCAGAACGUAUCACUCCAACAGAAGUAGAAGAAGUAAGAGAGCAAGUGACAGUUACUGAAGAAGUUACAAAAGAAGGCAAACCGAGGAAAGUUAUCAAAAAGAAAGUCAUUAAACGCAAAGGAAAGGAGCAACAAGUCACAGAAGAGGUAACUGUUGAAGAACAAGGUAAACGACCUGUUACAACUGUAACUGAAGGCGCUGUAGAAGAGGUAGUAGAAGAAAUUAUUAAACCGUUACCUGCUCCCGAACGCAUCACUCCAACAGAAGUAGAAGAAGUAAGAGAACAAGUGACAGUCACAGAAGAAGUUACCAGAGAAGGUAAACCUAAGAAAAUUACCAAAAAGAAGGUGAUUAAACGUAAAGGAAAAGAACAACAAGUGACUGAAGAGAUAACUGUUGAAGAACAAGGUAAACGACCUGUUACAACUGUAACUGAAGGCCCUGUAGAAGAGGUAAUAGAAGAAAUUAUUAAGCCAUUACCUGCCCCAGAACGUAUUAUGCCAAGUGAAGUAGAAGAAGUAAAAGAGCAAGUGACAGUUACUGAAGAAGUUACAAAAGAAGGCAAACCGAAGAAAAUUACCAAAAAGAAGGUGAUUAAACGUAAAGGAAAAGAACAACAAGUGACUGAAGAGGUAACUGUUGAAGAACAAGGUAAACGACCUGUUACAACUGUAACUGAAGGACCAGUAGAAGAAGUAGUAGAAGAAAUUAUUAAGCCAUUACCUGCCCCAGAACGUAUUAUGCCAAGUGAAGUAGAAGAAGUAAAAGAGCAAGUGACAGUUACUGAAGAAGUUACAAAAGAAGGCAAACCGAAGAAAAUUACCAAAAAGAAGGUGAUUAAACGUAAAGGAAAAGAACAACAAGUGACUGAAGAGGUAACUGUUGAAGAACAAGGUAAACGACCUGUUACAACUGUAACUGAAGGACCAGUAGAAGAAGUAGUAGAAGAAAUUAUUAAACCGUUACCCGCUCCAGAACGUAUCACUCCAACAGAAGUAGAAGAAGUAAGAGAGCAAGUGACAGUUACUGAAGAAGUUACAAAAGAAGGCAAACCGAAGAAAAUUACCAAAAAGAAGGUGAUUAAACGUAAAGGAAAAGAACAACAAGUGACUGAAGAGGUAACUGUUGAAGAACAAGGUAAACGACCUGUCACAACUGUAACUGAAGGCCCUGUAGAAGAGGUAGUAGAAGAAAUUAUUAAGCCGUUAUCUGCUGCAGAACGUAUCACUCCAACAGAAGUAGAAGAAGUAAGAGAGCAAGUGACAGUUACUGAAGAAGUAACAAAAGAAGGCAAGCCUAAGAAAGUUAUCAAAAAGAAAGUCAUUAAACGCAAAGGAAAGGAGCAACAAGUCACAGAAGAGGUAACUGUUGAAGAAGAAGGAAAGAAACCAAUAACCACUGUUACUGAAGGACCAACGGAAGAAAUAGUUGAAGAAAUAAUAAAAGCUCUACCUGUUCCAGAGAGAAUAAAGCCAACUGAAAUGGAAGAAGUAAGAGAACAAGUAACAGUCACAGAAGAAAUUACACACGAAGGGAAGCCAAAGAAAGUUACUAAGAAAAAGAUUAUAAAACGUAAAGGUAAGGAACAGCAAGUUACAGAAGUUGUCACUGUCGAAGAACAAGGAAAAAGACCGGUGACUACUGUAACCAAAGGACCAGUGGAGGAAGUUGUGGAGGAAAUCGUAAAACCAUUGCCAGUGCCAGAGCAUAUUAAACCAACUGAGGUAGAAAAAGUCAGAGAACAGGUGACAGUCACUGAGGAGGUAACGAAAUUAGGUAAGCCUAAGAAGACCACAAAGAAGAAGAUCAUUAAACGAAAAGGACAAGAGCAACAAGUAACUGAAGUUGUUAUUGUUGAAGAGGAAGGAAAAGCACCAGUAACGACCGUUACUGAAGGACCAACAGAAGAGGUUGUGGAAGAAACAAUAAAACCAUUGCCUUCUUCAGAGAAAGUUAAACCAAUUGAAGUAGAGGAGGUUAGAGAACAGGUGACAGUUACUGAGGAAGUUAGUAAAGAAGGUAAACCUAAGAAGGUUACUAAGAAAAAGAUAAUUAAGAGGAAAGGUAAAGAACAACAGGUGACUGAAGAGGUAAUUGUUGAAGAACAAGGUAAACAACCAGUUACGACUGUAACUGAGGGUCCUGUAGAAGAAGUGAUCGAAGAAAUUAUUAAACCAUUGCCUGCACCAGAGAGGAUAGUGCCAACUGAAGUUGAGGAAAUCAGGGAACAAGUGACAGUUACCGAAGAAGUUACUAGAGAAGGCAAACCUAAGAAAGUUACCAAAAAGAAAGUCAUCAAACGCAAAGGAAAGGAGCAGCAAGUCACGGAAGUACUAACUGUUGAAGAGGAAGGAAAGAAACCAGUAACAACUGUUACUGAAGGACCAACAGAAGAAGUAGUUGAAGAAAUAAUAAAAGCACUACCUGCUCCAGAGAGAAUCAAGCCGACUGAAGUAGAAGUAAGAGAACAAGUUACAGUCACAGAAGAAAUUACGCACGAAGGAAAGCCUAAGAAGGUUAUUAAGAAGAAGGUAAUUAAGCGUAAAGGUAAAGAACAGCAAGUCACAGAAGUUGUAACUGUUGAAGAACAAGGGAAGAAACCAGUAACCACGGUUACUGAAGGACCAGUGGAAGAAAUUGUGGAAGAAGUAGUAAAACCAUUACCGGCACCAGAGCGUAUUAAACCAAUUGAAGUAGAAGAAAUCAGAGAACAAGUAACAGUCACAGAGGUAGUAACCAAAGAGGGUAAACCUAAAAAGAUUACUAAGAAAAAAGUUACCAAACGUAAAGGUCCAGAACAAAAGGUAACGGAGACAGUAACUGUGGAAGAAGCUGGAAAAGCACCUGUAACAACGGUGACUGAAGGACCUGUAGAAGAAAUAAUAGAAGAAGUCAUAAAACCAGAAGUUAUUAAGCCGAAAGAUAUAGAAGAAGUUACUGAGCAAGUCACAGUUAGUGAAGAAGUAACAAGAGAAGGAAAGCCAAAGAAAACGACAAAAAAGAAAAUUAUCAAGCGCAAAGGAACAGAACAGCAAGUUACCGAGGUUGUUACAGUUGAAGAGAAAGGAAAAACUCCAGUCACGACUGUGAAAGAAGGCCCAAUAGAAGAGGUGGUUGAUGAAACGAUCAAACCCCUCCCAAGGCCAGAAUACGCAAAACCAGGUGAAGUGGAAGAAGUUCGUGAACAAGUCACAGUUACUGAAGAAGUCACUAGAUGGGGUAAACCGAAGAAAACCAUCAAAAAGAAAGUCAUUAAACGUAAAGGUCCAAAACAGCAAGUUACUGAAAUUCUAACUGUAGAAGAGGAAGGAAAAGCUCCAAUGACAACAGUUACCGAAGGACCCAUUGAAGAGAUCAUAGAAGAAGUCACACAACCAUUGUCUGUUCCAGAACAUAUUGAACCAACUGAAGUUGAAGAAGUACGUGAACAGGUAACAGUUACAGAGGAACUGACUAAAGAAGGUAAACCAAAGAAGACUACUAAGAAGAAGAUUAUUAAGCGUAAAGGUCAAGAUCAGAAAAUCACAGAGAUAGUAACUAUUGAAGAAAAAGACAAAGCUCCAAUCAUUACUGUAAAGGAAGGACCAGUAGAGGAAGUGAUCGGAGAAACAAUUAAAUCACUUCCUGCGCCAGAACGUGUCAAACCAACUGAAGUAGAAGAGAUACGAGAGCAAGUUACAAUAGCUGAAGAAAUUACGAAAGAAGGUAAACCGAAAAAGACAGUUAAGAAGAAAAUAAUUAAACGUAAAGGAAAGGAACAACAGGUGACUGAAGUAGUUACUGUUGAAGAACAUGGAAAAGCUCCUAUCACUACAGUGACUGAAGGUCCAGUAGAAGAAAUCAUAGAGGAAGAAGUAACAAAACCAUUGCCUGUGCCUGAAUAUGCGAAACCAUCUGAGGUGGAAGAAGUACAUGAACAAGUCACUGUGACACAGGAAGUGACUAAGGAAGGCAAACCAAAGAAAACAACUAAAAAGAAGAUUAUCAAACGGAAGGGAAAACAACAACAGAUUACGGAAGUUGUCACUGUUGAAGAACAAGGAAAAGCACCAGUUACUGAAGUAACUGAAGGACCUGUAGAAAAGGUGGUUGAAGAAAUAAUGAAACCUUUGCCAGUUACAGAGUUUGUUAAGCCAUCUGAAGUAGAAGAAGUUCGAGAACAGGUAACUGUGACACAGGAAAUAACAGAAGAAGGUAAACCUAAGAAAACUACUAAAAAGAAGAUCGUUAAACGGAAAGGAAAAGAACAGCAAGUUACUGAAGUGGUGACUGUUGAAGAACAAGGAAAGAGACCUGUUACUACCAUUCAAGAAGGUCCAGUGGAAGAAGUGGUCGAAGAAGAGAUCAAACCACUUCCAGCACCGUUCGUUAAACCAUCUGAGGUAGAAGAAGUGCGUGAACAAGUAACUGUCACAGAAGAAAUAACCAAGGAAGGCAAACCAAAGAAGGUCACCAAGAAAAAAGUCAUCAAGCGUAAAGGAAAGGAACAACAAGUUACCGAGGUUGUCACUGUUGAAGAACAAGGCAAGGCUCCGGUUACAACAAUCACUGAAAGGCCAAAAGAAGAAGUUGUAGAAGAAAUAAUAAAACCAUUGCCUGCUUCAGAGAAAAUUAAACCGAUUGAAGUAGAAGAGGUACGUGAACAAGUGACCAUUACGGAAGAAGUAACAAGAGAAGGUAAGCCUAAGAAAGUGAUCAAAAAGAAAGUCAUCAAACGCAAAGGAAAGGAGCAACAAGUGACAGAAGUUGUCACCGUCGAAGAACAAGGAAAAGCACCAAUUACUACAGUUACCGAAGGUCCAUUAGAGGAGAUAGUAGAAGAAACAUUUAAACCUCUUCCUGCUCCAGAAAAUGCCAAACCAGAUGACGUUGAAGAAGUACGAGAACAAGUGACGGUUACAGAAGAAGUUACCAGAGAAGGUAAGCCUAAGAAAAUUACCAAGAAGAAGGUGAUAAAACGUAAAGGUAAAGAACAACAGGUUACUGAAGAGGUAACCGUUGAAGAACAAGGUAAACGACCUGUUACGACCGUAACUGAAGGUCCUGUAGAAGAAGUAGUCGAAGAAUUCGUAAAACCUCUGCCAGUAAUAGAAAGUAUCAGACCAUCUGAAAUUGAAGAGGUUCGAGAAGAAGUUACAGUUACUCAAGAAGUGACCAAGGAAGGCAAACCAAAGAAGACAACAAAGAAGAAGAUUAUCAAACGUAGAGGUAAGGAACAACAGGUAACAGAAGUUGUCACUGUCGAAGAACAAGGUAAGAGACCUGUCACAACUGUCUCUGAAAGCCCUGUCGAGGAAGUGGUCGAAGAGAAAUUGAAAACUCUGCCAGCACCAGAAUAUGCUAAACCUGGCGAAGAAGAAGAAGUCCGAGAACAAGUAACAGUUACGAAAGAAAUAACACCUGAAGGUAAACCUAAGAAAGUAACCAAAAAGAAAGUCAUCAAACGUAAAGGAAAGGAACAGCAAGUGACAGAGGUCGUUACAGUCGAAGAACAAGGCAAAUCACCUGUGACAAUGGUAACUGAAGGGCCCACUGAAGAAUUGGUUGAGGAAAUAAUAAAACCAUUGCCGGCUCCAGAAGAGGUCAAACCAUUUGAAGAGGAAGAAGUUCGUGAACAAGUAACUGUCACUGAAGUGGUCACUAAAGAAGGUAAACCUAAGAAAGUUACAAAGAAAAAGGUUAUUAAACGAAGAGGGAGAGAACAACAGGUGUCUGAAGUAGUAACAGUCGAAGAGCAAGGCAAGGCACCAGUUACAACUGUCACUGAAGGUCCAACAGAAGAAAUAUUAGAGGAAACAAUCAAGGCAUUACCAGCACCAGAAUACGCCAAACCAAGUGAAGUCGAAGAGGUUCAUGAACAAGUAACGGUUACUCAAGAAAUCACCAAAGAAGGUAAACCAAAGAAAACUGUCAAGAAGAAGGUCAUUAAACGUAAGGGCAAAAAACAACAAGUUACAGAAGUCAUUACUGUUGAAGAACAAGGAAAGAGACCUGUCACGACUGUCACCGAAGGCCCAGUAGAAGAGAUAGUUGAAGAAGUGCUGAAACCACUUCCAGCUCCAGAAUUUGUCAAGCCAUCAGAAGUAGAAGAAGUCCGAGAGCAGGUAACUGUCACUGAGGAGAUAACCAAGGAAGGUAAACCGAAGAAGGUUACUAAGAAGAAAGUAAUCAAACGUAAAGGAAGAGAACAACAAGUAUCGGAAGUAGUAACGGUUGAAGAACAGGGCAAAGCACCAGUUACCACCGUUACCGAAAGUCCCACAGAAGAAAUCGUUGAAGAAACGAUUAAAGCAUUGCCAAUUCCGGAGUACGCUAAGCCAGGUGAGGAGGAAGAAAUCCAUGAACAAGUCACUAUCACGCAGGAAGUCACCGAAGAAGGAAAACCGAAGAAGACCACCAAGAAGAAAGUUGUCAAACGUAAAGGCAAAGAACAACAAGUGACAGAAGUUGUUACGGUUGAAGAACAAGGUAAAAGACCUGUGACGACAGUCACCGAAGGUCCCGUUGAGGAAGUAGUGGAGGAAAUGGUGAAGCCAUUGCCUGUCGCGAAACGCGUGAAACCGACAAAAGUUGAAGAAGUCCGUGAGCAAGUAACUGUCACUGAAGAAGUAACUGAGGAAGGUAAACCGAAGAGGACCACGAAAAAGAAACUGAUCAAACGCAAAGGGAAAGAACAACAGGUGACUGAAGUUGUUACUGUCGAAGAACAAGAUAAAGUGCCAGUCACAACUGUCACUGAAGGUCCUACGGAAGAAGUGAUCGAAGAAACACUGAAAACCUUACCAGCUCCCAAAUACGCCAAACCAUCGGAAGUGGAGGAAGUUCGCGAGCAGGUGACUGUGACUCAAGAAAUUACAGAGGAAGGUAAACCAAAGAAAACGAUCAAGAAGAAAGUUACCAGACGUAAAGGACCGCAGCAACAAGUGACGGAAGUUGUCACAGUCGAGGAAGAAGGAAAAGCUCCUGUGACAACGGUGACUGAAGGACUUGUUGAAGAAUUGGUCGAAGAUGUGAUAAAACCACUUCCUGCCCCAGAGUAUGCGAAGCCAACUGAAGUUGAGGAAGUUCGUGAACAAGUGACUAUCACUGAGGAAGUGACUAAGGAAGGUAAACCUAAGAAAGUUACCAAGAAGAAGGUCGUAAAACGCAAAGGACGAGAGCAACAAGUCACUGAACAGGUGACGGUUGAGGAACAAGGAAAGAGACCUGUUACAACUGUCACUGAAAGUCCUGUUGAAGAAGUUGUUGAAGAAACAUUGAAAGUUCUUCCUGCUCCAGAACAUGCUAAGCCAGGUGAAGUCGAAGAGGUUCGUGAACAGGUUACUUUUACGCAAGAAGUGACAGAAGAAGGAAAGCCUAAGAAAGUUACCAAGAAGAAGGUUGUCAAACGUAAAGGAAGAGAGCAACAAAUAACAGAAGUUGUCACUGUGGAAGAACAAGGAAAGAAACCUGUCACCACUGUCACUGAAGGUCCUGUCGAAGAAGUAGUUGAGGAAACAAUAAAAGCACUACCUGCUCCAGAGCGCGUGGAACCAACGGAAGUAGAAGAAGCACCGGAGGAAGUAACAGUAACUGAAAUCGUCACGAAAGAAGGCAAACCGAAGAAAGUUGUUAAAAAGAAGGGUCCUAAGAAGAUGCCUGUACCCGAGGAAGAGAAAAUCGAAGCACCUGAAGCUCCUGAAGUUCCGUUAGAGAAAGAUAAGAAAAAACCUGUCAAACUUCAACGUAUGAAAAUUACGAAAUUCGAAGCGACGAAACUCGAAGUUCAAGAAUUGUCUUUGGAUAAACCUCAGUUUGCUCAAAUCAAACUACGCAAGACUCCAACGGUGAAACGUCCAGUGGAGAAGAAGGAAAAGAUUCCUCGAGUUCUUCUUCGAAGUCGAAUUACUCCUGUGGAAUGGCCACCGGCGAAGAAGUACUUGAAAAUCGAGGAACUGGAGCCGAACGAGAUUCAAAAUGGUAUUUUGUCUCGAAACGUCGAAGAAGCAGAUAAAUUACCGAGACCAAAGAAGAAGAAGAUCAAACGCAUAGAAAAGGAGAUAGCCAAGCUUGAGAAGCUUGAUCAGGAGUUUGAGGAAUUGAAAAAAGAACUACCAUUGGAGAAACUUGAAGAGCCACUACCUACAGAAAAGAAACCAGAGAAGAAAGUGAAAAAGAAGAAACCCGUGGAGGAAGUUAAAGGUGAGAAGCCUCAGUUGAUGAGGAUCAGUAUCAAGGAGCAAAAACCAAUUAAACUCAAGAUCGAGGAGCCAGCUACUCCUCUGUUCGCGCAAAUCAAGCUGAAGAAAGCUCCUGCCAAACCGAAGAAGAAAGAGGACAAGGAUGAGAUCAAGUUUCCUAAGAUACUUUUACGAAGCCGUAUCACAGACCACGAAUGGCCACCGUCGAUUAAAUAUCCAGUUAUAACCGAACUCGAGCCUAAUUAUGUACAAAGUGGUAUUCUAUCUCAUACCAUGGAAGAAGCACUGAAACUAAAAAAGAUAAAACACAAAAAGUUGAAACUUCCGGAAAAGGAAAUUACAGAAUUAGAGAAACUGGAUCAGGAAUUCGAAGAAUUGAAGAAAGUUCCAUUAGAGAAGGUCGAGGAAAUGGCACCGUACGAACGUAAACCGAAACCAGAGAAGCCUGAGGAAGAGAAACCAAAGAAACUGAAGAUAGGCAAAGGAAAGCCUCGACCUGCAGAAGAGGAAGAACCGGAGACAGUAAAGUUGAAGAAAAUACCAGAAAAAGUUCCAAGUGUUCAAGAGGAAGAGACUCCCGUUCCAAAGAAGAAAGAGGAAGAAGAGAAACCCAAGAGAGAGAAAGAAGAGAGGGAAUAUCCUGAACUAAAACCGUUCGAACCGUAUGAAAUAGAAGCACCGGAGGUUGAGCUGCAAGAAAGAGAGAAACCAAAGUACCCUGAACCAGAGGAGAAACCACCGAAAAAGGUACCGAGCAAGAAACCAAAGAAAGAGCGUAAGACACCAGCUCAGGAAACCGAGGCUGUCCCGAUAGUGCCUGGCGUUCCAAAGCCAGAUGAACCCGAAGAAGAGGAAGAGAUCAAGAGAAGAAUUCCUGAAAGGGAAGCUCCGGAGGAGGAGCCAGAGAAGAUCAAACUGAAACCUUGGAAGAAACCAGAAGAAGAGAAGGAAGAAGAGAAGAAACCCGAGUAUUAUCUGAAAUUCGUUCCCAAAGACGACGACGUUGUCGAAACUGUCGAGGUUGUUACGACCGUGGUUACGGAGGAAGAGACACCUGAAAAGAAACCGCGAAAGAUUAAAAAGAAAAAGACCACGACGAAACGUGGCGACGAGAAACCGAAAGUUGUCGAAGAGACAACGAUAGAGGAAGAAGGCGUAGAGCCAGUCGUGACCGUCGAGGAAAUUGUCGAAGAUAAGCCGGAAGAAGCUUUACCAAUAGAAUCGAUCGUGCCAACCGCGCCUGUCGAAGAGAUCAAAGAGGAGAUCGUAACGAGCGAGAUCGUGACCGAGGAAGGAACAAAGAGAACCGUGCGUAAAAAGCGUGUGACCAGGAAACGCGAAGGUAAAGAACAGGUCACCGAAGAGGUGACCGUGGAAGAGGAAGGUAAAGAACCAUUAACAGCAACAAUAGAAAUCCACGAAGACACUACACCAGAAAUACACGAAAAACCAAAACACAAAAGACCAACAAAACCAAAAGCUGUCGAGAAACUGACGGAAGAUGUCGCGGAGGAAGUGAUCGAAGAGAAAAUCGUCGAGGAAGUCAAACCCACCAAGAAAAUCAUCAAAAAGAAGAGGCCAGUGCCGGAUAAAGAUGAAGUUACGGAGGAAGUCGUGGAGGAGAUAACAAUCGAGGAACUGCAGGAAGAGGAAGCGGAACCGAUCGUAGAGGAAGUGGAAACUGUGACGAUCACCGAGCACGAUGUACGAAAAGCUCCGAAGAAGAAGAAGGAGGUGGUGAUCAAAGAGGAAGAGGAGAUCUUCGAAACGAUCGAGACACCCACCCAGAAAAUAAUCAGGAAGAAGAUUCGUCCGAUGAAGAGAGGGGAGAAAGUGGAGGAGAUUGUGGUGGAAGAGAUAAUCCAGAAAACGGGAGAGGAAGUGACCAAAAUGGAGGAGCAGCAAAUAGUCGAAGUCGUGGAGACACCCACUAAGAAAGUUGUGAGGAAGAAGAAAGCUGUGGUGAAAGACGACGGUGUUCCCGAGGAAAUUGUUGAAGAGAUCGUUAUCGAGAAGCCGCAGAAAGAGAAGGCGAAACCAAAAGUGGAAGAAGAAAAAGAAACGGUUACAAUAACGAAAGUUGAUUUGAAGAAAGCACCGAAGAAACCUGAGGAAGAAGUGGAAGAAGAAGAAGAGAUCAUUGAGACUGUUGAAACUCCAACGAAGAAGAUCAUUCGAAAGAAACCUAAGGAUAAAAAGGAGAAGGUAGUGGAAGAAGUUAUAGAGAAGACUAUAGAGGAAGCGAAAGCUAUGGAAGAACGUGAAAUCGUAGAGAUCAUUGAAACGCCGACCAAGAAAAUUAUCAGGAAGAAGAAAGCUACUAUAACAGAAGGCAAAGCUCCUGAGGAAGAAGUCGAGGAGAUCGUGAUCGAGAAACCUGUGAAGGAGACAGCCAAAAGGAAGAUUCAGCCGAAAGAAGGUUUAGAGAUCACUGAAAUUGUAAGUGAAACUUCCGUCGAGAAAUUGCCCGAAGAGAAGAUUGAGCCUGAAGAAGCGAAGCCUUCGGAAGUGGAAAAAGAAAAGGCAGAGGUCACCCAAGUGGAAGUGAAGAAGGUACCGAAGAAAAAGAAGAAACCGUCAACAGCCGUCGAAGCAGAGGAGAAGGAGGAGGUUGUGGAAGAAGUGAAAGUCGAGGUGCCUAAAAAGGAGAAGGCGAAACCAACUGUCACGGAGAAAGAGAGUGUCGAAGUGACUGAAGUGAUUUCUGAAAUGAUCACGGAAGAAUUUCCAGAGGAGGUCAAACCUAAGAAGAAGAAAGCUAUUGAGAUUAAAGAGACGGAAGAAAAGGUGAUCACGAAGAAGGUGAAGGAGGUGAAGGAGGCACCGAAAGAAGGUGUACCUGAAACUGAAGAACAGCCGGAAGAAGAGGUAGAAGAACUUGUAACUGAGAAGCCGAAGAAAACGAAAGCCAAAAAGGAAGUUACACCUCAGGAUGGUAUUAUAACUACCGAAGUUGUUCCUACAACUGCGGAAGAAGAACUGGAGGUAGAGAAACCGGAAGAAGAUAAGGCUAAAGUGGUUGAGGAAAAGGAAGAGAAGGCUAGAGUGGAAGAAAAGAAAAUUACCGUGAAGAAAGCUCCGAAAAAGAAAUUGACACCGAAGGAAGCUGAAGAGGAACAAGUAGAGGAAGUUGUAGAAGAAAUUACGGAGGAAGAACCAAAGAAAAGAAAAGCUAAAAAGACUGUUCUUCCUAAGGAGGAGUUACAAACAACUGAAGUGAUUACUGAGGUUACAACAGAGGAGAUAGAAGAAGAAAAGCCAAAGGAAGAAAAGGCUGUUCCUAAAGAGGAAGAAAAAGUUGAAGAAGAGGCAAAGGUUACUGAGGUUUCUGUGAAGAAAGUGCCCAAGAAGAAAAAGAAGGAGGAAGUUGUAACGAACGGUGAGGUGAUUGAAGAAAAACCAAAAGUGAAAGAAAUUCCUGAGGAGAAACCAGAGGUGAAGGAAGAAGUGAAAGUAAAACCAAAGGAAGAACCAGAAAAAGAGAAGCCGGAAGAACAGAAACCAGAAGAGAAGAAACCAGAGAAAGUGAAACCUGAGGAAAAGAAACCCGAAGAAGAGAAACCGAAGGAAAAACCAAAGAAAAAGAAAAUCCCAGAAAAGAAACCCACCGUUGCAGAAGAGGAAGAACGCGAAGAAAAGGUAGAAGAAAUACCGGAAGAGAAGCCAAAGAAGGUCAAGGCUAAGAAAGAAGUUGUUCCAAAAGAUACUGUUGAAACUACAGAAGUUGUCCCAGAAACCAUUGCCGAAGAACUACCAACAAAGAAACCUGAGGAACGCAAAGCAGUACCGGUCGAAGAGAAACCAGAAGAAGAAGUCGUAAUCGAAGAAGUUCCUGUAGAAAAAGCUCCAGAAGAAAAGGAGGAAACAGUAUCAGAAGAAAAGCCGGAAGAAGUUCCAAAAGAGAAGCCAAAGGAAGUCAAGGUUGUGAAGAAAAAGAAAAAGAAGGUGGUGAAGAAAGAUGAAAUCGAGGAAUGGGUUGAACCAGAGUACGAACGGCCUGUACUGGAACCCAUGCCUGAGAAAAUCCAAUGGGAACCGAGGAAGAAAAAGGAGAAGAAACCUUUGCCAGAAUCUUUGCAAAAAUUGGUUCCUCAAAAGAUCGAAAGGAAAGAGAUCAAACCCACGAAGCUCAAAUAUUCAGAGCCAACAGAAACUGUCCAAUUCGCUACGAUCAAACUGAAGAAAGUGGCAGUCGCGAAGAAGAGAGAGGUCGAGGAAGCCAAAUUCCCGAAGAUCCUGUUGCGAAGCAGACUCACGUUCGUCGGUGACUAUCCCCCAGAAAUACAGUAUCCAGAGAUAACGGAACUUGAAGAAAAUCCGGUUCAAGCGGGCAUUCUGUCUAGAAACGCCGAAGAAGCUCUGGAAGUGUUAAAAAGAAAGGUGAAGAAAGUUAAACUUCCUAAGAAAGAAAUUACAAAACUGGAGAAAUUGGACCAAGAAUUUGAAGAAUUGAAGAAAGUACCUUUGGAGAAAGUGGAGGAUAAAUCGAUAUACGAACGUCCGCCGAAGAAACCUGCGGAGAAACUUGAAGAGCCACAGAAGCUGGUUGUUGGUAAAGGCAAAGUGCCUGAAGAGGAGAAAGUGGAACCUGAGAAAGUCAAACUAAAGAAGAUUCCUGAAAAGAAACCGGAAGAGGUUGAAGAGCCAUUGAAGAAACCACCCAAACCAGAACCUGAAGAGGAAGUUAAACCAGAAAAGAAGGAAAAACCGAAAGUGAAAUUAGAACACGACGAGUUGAAGCCUCUGGACUUCGACAGACCAGAGCUGGAGAAAUAUGAGCCCGAGAAAUACGAAGAACCGGAAAAACCAGCGCCAGAGCCAGUUCCAAAACCGUACGAACGAGAACAGAAAAAGAAACCAGAUCAAGAGAUUGAACAAAUUCCACUGAUAAAGGGAGAACCGAAACCACCAGAACCUGAUGAAGAGCCUGAAGUUAAAUUUAGAAUACCACAAAAAGAAAAACCUGAAGAAGAACCGGAAAAGAUAACGUUGAAGGGCUGGAAAAAGGAUAAACCUGAAGACGAAGGAGUGAAAGAGUUCCCGGCAAAGGAAGAGGAAGAAGCACCUAAAGUCCCGAAAGAAGAACCUGAAGAAGUCACUGUGAAACGUAAAGCUAAACCAAAGAAACCAAAAGAAAAAGCUCCUAAGGAAGAAGAAGUAAUACUAAAGAAACCUGAGGAGGAGAAACCAGAAGAAGUACCAGAAGUAGUUGAGGAAAUUAUUUUGAAAGAGAAACCAGAGAAACCUGUUGAAGAAGCUCCCGCCGAAGUUACGAUUAAGAAACCAGUUGUGGAGGAGAAAGUAGUGGAAGAAGAAGAGAUAGUGACUGAAGUAACCUUAAAGAAGAAACCCGAAGAGGUGAUUGAAGAAGCAGUUGUGAAAAAGCCAAAGAAAAAGAAACCUGCGAAAGAGGAAGAGGCUGCUGAAGUUACGAUCGAAAAGAAAGAAGAGGUGAUUGAAGAAGUUAAAGAAGAAGUAGUUAUAAAGAAGAAACCAAGAGAGAAACCGGUCCCUGAGGAAGUAGUAGAGGAAAUUACUUUGAAGAAAGAGAUGGUACCUGAGGAGAUAGUAGAAGAAAUUAAGAUACCUAAAAAGAAGAAGCCUGCCAAAGAAGAAGCCGCUGAUGAAGUUACCGUUAAGAAACCAGUUGUGGAAGAGAAGAAGGAAGAGGAAGUUCCUGAAAAGGUGACGAUAAAGAAAAAGAAACCAAAGGAGAAGCCUGUUCCAGAGGAAGUAAAGGAGGAAGUCACGUUGAAGAAACCAGUGACAAAGGAAGAGGAGAAGCUAUUUGAAGAAGUAACUGAGGAAGUAGAAAUCAAAAAGCCAAAAGAAAAGAAACCAGUCAAAGAAGAAGCUGCCGAUGAAGUUACUAUUAAAAAACCAGUGCCUGUGGAGAAGGAAGAAGAGGAAGUUGUAGAAGAAGUAACUUUGAAGAAGAGGAAACCGAAAGAGAAGCCUGUCCCUGAGGAAGUAAUCGAAGAAGUCAAAUUGAAACCGAUACCAAAGGAAGAAGAAAAAGCACCGGAAGACGUAACAGAAAAGGUAGAGAUUAAGAAACCAAAGAAGAAGAAACCUGCAGUGGAAGAGGCUGCUGAAGAAAUCACUAUCAUGAAACCAGUUCCUGUAGAAAAGGAAGAGGAAGAAAUUAUAGAAGAAGUAACGUUGAAGAAAAAGAAACCGAAAGAGAAACCGGUUCCAGAAGAAGUGACUGAAGAAGUCACGUUGAAACCAGUUCCAAAGGAAGAAGAGAAAGCACCAGAGGAAGUAACAGAAAAGGUAGAGAUUAAGAAACCAAAGAAGAAGAAACCUGCAGUGGAAGAGGCUGCCGAAGAAAUCACCAUUAAGAAACCAGUUCCUGUAGAAAAGGAAGAAGAGGAAAUUGUAGAGGAAGUAACUUUGAAGAAAAAGAAACCGAAAGAAAAACCAGUUCCUGAGGAAGUAACCGAAGAAGUUACUCUGAAACCAGUUCCAAAGGAAGAAGAAAAGGUGCCAGAGGAAGUAACAGAAAAGGUAGAGAUAAAGAAACCAAAGAAGAAGAAGCCUGCAGUGGAAGAGGCUGCCGAAGAAAUCACCAUUAAGAAACCAGUUCCCGUAGAAAAGGAAGAGGAGGAAAUUGUAGAAGAAGUGACGCUAAAGAAAAAGAAACCAAAAGAGAAACCUGUUCCUGAGGAAAUAACUGAAGAAGUUACUCUAAAACCAGUUCCAAAGGAAGAAGAAAAAGUUCUGGAAGAGGUGACAGAGAAAGUAGAGGUAAAGAAACCACUGAAGAAGAAGUCAGUGGUGGAAGAAGCCGCUGAUGAAGUCACUAUCAAGAAACCAGUUCCUGUAGAGAAAGAGGAGGAAGAGAUCGUAGAGGAAGUAACAUUAAAGAAGAAGAAACCGAAAGAAAAACCAGUCCCAGAAGAAGUGACUGAAGAGGUGACAUUGAAGAAACCAAUACCGAAAGAAGAAGAAAAGGCACCAGAGGAAGUAAGCGAGAAAAUAGAGGUGAAGAAACCGAAGAAAAAGAAGCCGGUAGUCGAGGAAGAAGCUGCAGAGGUGACCAUCAAGAAAUUAAUUCCUACAGAAGCCGAGGAAGCUCCCGAAGAGUUUACCAUCAAGAAGAAAAAGAAGCCAGAGAAGAAACCAACGCCGGUCACGGAAGAAGUCGAAGAGGCUGCGGUGACCAUAAAGAAAGCUCGCGCUCCUGAGGAACCUAAAGAAGAGGAAGAAGUCUCGACAGAGGUGCAAAUAAAGAAGAAGAAACCGGAGCGUAAAGUUGUGGAAGAGGCAGCUGAGGAAUUAACGAUUAAGAAGAUCGAAGAAGUGGAACAACCGGAAGAAGAGGAAGAGGUCCAAGAAUUCACGGUGAAGAGGAAACCUCCGAAGCUGCCUCCAAAACCUAUCGAGGAGAUCUACGAGGAUGUCACUCUUCGAAAGUUACGUCCGAAAAAGAAACCAAGGCCAGACAUCAAAGAGGUGACGGAAGUCGAGAACGUGACGUUCAGACCACGCUCUACGAAGACCAAGGAAGACGUGGAACAAGAAUUCAAAAUCUCUUUGAACACGUACGAGGAAGAGGACAUUUCUAUGUCCGGUAAAGUCAAACUGAAGCCGAAGAAACGACCGAUGACGUACUCUGAAGAGACUGGAGAAGAAACCAUUCGUAUCAUGCAAGAAGUCGAGGAUGACUCUGGGCCAAUUAUAGAAGAGAUCGUAGAAUCGGACGAGGAGGCUAGAGACGAGUAUAGCGUAGAAGAGUUAGAGACUGACGAGAUGAGGCUGCCGCUGAGAAGAAGAAAGAAGAAAGAGCCGAGGCCGUACAAAGUGGAAGACAUCGAGGAAGGUGACGUGAAAUUCAAACUGAAACGCGAGAGGAAAUACUCUGUAGAGGAGGCUGACGAAUCGUUGGCGCUGAAGUUGAAGAGCAGGAAAUCAAUUUCCACGUUCGAAGAAGAAGAGGCCUCGCUUAGUAUCACCAGGGAAGAAGAGAUUUCAGAGGAAGAAGAAAUCGAGUACGUUGUCCGCGAUGGCGACACAAUGUUCUCGAUUUGUUCAUACGUGGCAGAAACUGAUGAAGCUAUCAACCUCGUCGAAGGAGAAAGAGUUUACAUCAUCGACCACACGAAUCCAGAUUGGUGGUUCGUAAAGAAACACUUGACGGAAGAGAAAGGCUGGGUUCCAGCGCAAUAUCUUCUCAACGAAAUGCACUAUACCCUGUAUCUGCAGCGCAAAUUGCACGAGAAAAUCGACAAGUUGCCAGUAUUUGAAAAGUCAGCGCCCGGAGAGAAAACCUCAGCACCGAGGUUCGUCGAGAAAUUGCAGCCGAUUCACACGCCGGAUGGUUACACGAUUCAAUUCGAGUGUCAAGUGGAAGGUUUACCAAGGCCUCAGAUAACUUGGUUCCGACAGACAGCAAUCAUCAAACCAUCACCUGAUUUCCAAAUGUACUACGACGACGACAAUGUAGCAACUUUGAUCAUAAGGGAGGUAUUCCCGGAAGAUGCAGGCACCUUCACCUGUGUCGCCAAGAAUGCAGCUGGUUUCGCUUCAAGCACCACGGAAUUAGUCGUGGAAGCGCCUCUUUCUGAUCAUGGAUCAGAUCUGACUGGUCCGUCCAGAAAAAGUCUCUCAAGGGAAUCGUCUCUCGCCGACAUCCUGGAAGGAAUACCACCAACGUUCUCACGGAAACCGAAGGCGAAAUACGUCAACGAGGGUGAAGAUGUGAUAUUAGAGUGUCGAUUGGUGGCAGUACCAGAACCAGAGAUAACGUGGUACUACAAGGAUACGCAGGUUACGACCAAGGAGAACAUCGAGGUUGUCACUGAGAGCGAUAUGCACAUGUACUGCAGCGUAAUUAAAAUCACUAGAGUGCAGAAGAAGCAGGAAGGAAAGUACACUAUCGUUGCUAGAAACAGGGAAGGUGAAGCUACCAUAGAGAUUCCUAUGAAGGUGAAGACUGGCAAACACGAACCGCCAGAAAUUCUAGAGCCAUUACAGUCGUACGUGGUACGAGAAGGCGAAACCGUGGUAUUGUCGACUCAAAUCGUCGGGAACCCAGCUCCCAAAGUGACUUGGUACAAAAAUGGCAAACCAUUGAAGGGCUUGACCCCGAAACAAGAGGGUCACGUGAAUACGCUCACGCUGAUUCAACCUCAAGUAUCUGACACUGGAGAAUAUUCUGUGGUGGCUACCAACGAUCUUGGCACAGCCGAAACGAAAGCUACAUUGACGGUUGAAAUAAACUUGAAGCCUUCGCUGACCAUUAACUUCGAGCAACACGCGUACGAACACUACAGUGUGUCGAAGGAAAUACCCAGCGGAGCUCCAGAACCGCCACUCUUUACGGAACGGUUCCAAGAGCUCACUGUUCCACAGAAUGGCACCUUUAAAUUGGUGGCGAAGGUCACUGGAAACCCUGUCCCAGAAGUCACGUGGUUAAGAAACAACCAGCCCUUGGAAAAAUCACCGAAUAUCACGGAAACGUAUGAUGGCGAGAACAUCAUGUUGGAGAUCAGGAACGCGGAUUCGGAGGUAGACGCCGGCGAUUACAAAUGCAUCGCGAGUAAUCCAGUUGGAAAAGCGUCGCACGGUGCCAAAGUCACGGUGGACGUCGAGAAAGUAACAUUCACGAAAACUCUGGAGAAGGAAGUGGUCGUCGAUGAGUACAAGACCUUGGAACUGACCUGCGAGACAUCGCACACAGUCUCGACGAAAUGGUGGCACAACGACAAGGAGAUCAGUGGAAUGGAUCAUCGCGAGAUCAUUCACGAAGGACGGGUGCACAAGCUGGUGAUUAAGAAAACGAGUCCUACAGACGAAGGGACUUACAAGUGCACGGUGAAAAAUCAAUCGACAUCGAGCAAAGUCACCGUAAGAGCCACCAAACCAGAAUUCGUGAAGAAGUUACAAGAUUGCGAAGUAAAGGAGCGUGACGUCGCCAUUCUCGAAGUUGAAAUUACUUCUCAGACAGCGGAUGUUAAAUGGUUCAAGGACGGCGAACCUUUGGGACCAAGUAAAGAGAAAUUGGAAUUUGUUAAAGAUGGCACCGUUAGAAAACUGCUCAUUAGAAGUACAUCCGUCCACGACGAAGGUGAAUACACGUGCAGCCUUAUAGAUCAGAAAUGCGCAGCGGAAGUCACUGUCAUCGAACUACCACCGGAAAUCAUUACAAAGAUGCAAGACGUGACAAUAGCAAGAGGCGAGAGAGCAACGUUCGAGAUAGAACUAACGAAAGGAGACGCGCUGAUUCGAUGGUUCAAAGAUGGACAAGAGUUACAGUUUUCGGAGCACGUCCGGUUGUCGAUCGAUGGCAAGAGACAGAGGCUGAAGAUCUACGAUACGGAGCCGGAAGACGCCGGUGUCUAUUCAUGCGAGGUCGGUGAACAAAAAUCGUCGGCCAAGUUGACCGUGGAAGAACCUGGCGUGGACUUCGUCACUAGAUUACCAGACGUCACCCUUGUGCCAUUGAAUUCCGAUGCCGUUUUCGUUAUUGAAAUAUCACGCGAUGUUCCAGUUGUGUGGAUGAGGAAAACGGAGGUCAUUGAGGAGUCAUCGAAGUAUAGCAUCAUCGACGAAGGCACCGUGAAGAAACUGAUCGUGAAGAAAUGUACCACUAAAGAUAUCUCGGAAUAUUCAGCUACAGUAACGAAUGUGAAAACUUCGUCGAGAUUAAGAGUCGAAGUCAUCGAAACGGCACCAAAGAUUAGUCCAGACACGCCUAAGAAGUACAAAGUAAGAAAGGGCGAGGACGUCGAAAUAGUCGUGAAAUUCAGCGCAACACCGAAGCCGAGCGACGAAUGGACCGUGAAUGGAAAUGUGAUUGUAAAAUCGAAACGAGUUGUAUCAUCGAUCGAUGAAGAAUCCGCGGUAUUAACUAUCAGAAAGAUCCAAGAGGAAGAUGUUGGUGAUUACGCUUUGAAACUGGUGAACAACGUCGGAGAAGCUACUAUAGACAUCAGCGUCGUUAUCGUCCAAGUACCAAGCGCACCUGGAGCACCAGAACCAUUGGAAGUAACCGAGGACAGUGUUACGCUUCAUUGGAAGAAACCAGAUUCAGAUGGAAACUCGCCUAUCGUUGAGUACAUUCUAGAGUAUCAAGAAAAGACUGAAACUACGUGGACCGAGGUUACAGAGACGAUAACAGAAACAACACACAAAGUAACGAAACUGACCACGAAUAAAGAGUACACGUUCCGAGUAACAGCUGCAAACGAAGCUGGACCAGGUGAAACGUCACCAACUUCCCCAUACAUAAAGAUAACAAAACCAUCGGCUGCAGAGCCACCUGCUGUCUUAGAACCUUUGAAGAGCGUCAUCGUUGGCCUUGGAGAAACCGUCACCUUAUCUUGCGUCAUUGGAGGAACACCAACGCCGGAUAUUACUUGGUUGAGAAAUGAUGAAACUUUCGAGGACAGCAGCAUUACGUACGAAAAUCGCGUGGCGAAAUACACCAUCACGCAGACAACGGAAACGUCAUCGGCGACGUUCACAGUGAAGGCAAAGAACGAACGAGGAACAGCGGAAACAACGUGCGAAUUGAAGGUGCAAGAAGCGCCUAAGAUCACGUACGACGAAACUCUGGCAAGUCAGAAUCUUCCAGUGAACAGCCAAUGGAAGAUGGAGAUUCGGACAAGCGGCUUCCCGAAACCGGAAGUAACAUGGUCGAAGAACAACAAGAAGAUAGUCGACAAACGUGUAUCCAUCGAAGCGGAAGAGAAUACCUCUACGAUUUCUAUCUCUUCGCUCGUUAGAGAAGACACUGCUACUUAUACAGCUAAGGCAGCGAAUCAAGCAGGCACCUCUUCGGUUGACUUACAUCUUAGAGUCAUAGAUAAACCAAGCAAACCGCAAGGACCAGUUGUCGUCAAGGAGAUCAGGCAAGAUCGCGUCACCAUUGAAUGGCGGCCACCAGAAGAUGACGGUGGAAUCGAACUGGAAAAAUAUACGAUCGAGAAAUACGAAACGGGCAAGACUUGGGUGAAGGUGGUCGAUAUCGACAAAGAGGUGGAGAGCUUCUGCAUACACAAAUUGCAACAGAAUGCCGAAUACAAAUUCAGAAUCAUCGCCAGAAACGCUGUUGGAGCAUCAGAACCACUGGAAUCAGAUACGGUCAAGAUGAGAACUUCCUUCGAACCACCUGGACCGCCAAGAGGACCACUGGAAGUAUCGGGAAUGACGAAGACAUCUUUCACGAUAAAAUGGCAGCCUCCAGAAAACGACGGCGGAACACCGAUAAUAGAAUAUAUCGUUGAAAUGAAGGAAGAAUCGAAGAAGGCUUGGCAGAAGAUCGGCAGCGCAAAGCACGAAACGACACACUUCAGCGUAUCAGAUCUGAAAACAGAUGUACCAUAUAACUUCAGGAUAACAGCUAAGAACAGUGCUGGCACUGGUCCCCCGUACAUUGCUGAAGAGCCAAUCGCGGCAGGCAGACGAAUCAAAAUAACAAAGCUCGACGAGAGCACCAUGUACGCUCUGCUGGGAAUAUUUCCGCCGACGAAAGCGGUCAUCAGCAAAACACCACCAUCGUGUCCGCAAAAUGUUCAAGUGACGAAUGUCACUAGCAAGAGCGUAACACUCAGUUGGUCCCCACCAGCCAGCAAUGGAGGUACAGAGCUCACAGGAUACAUAAUCGAGAAGAGGCCGUUAAUUGGAAAAGGAGCAAGAUGGACAAAAGUCGUCACUCUGGACCCUACCACCCUUCAAUAUUGCAUAGAAAAUUUGAAAGAGAGCGAAUUCAUCUUCAGGAUCUUCGCGGAGAACAACAUGGGACUCAGUUUACCUACGAAUUCACCGCCAGUAACCCUAAUGACACAUGCCAACGUGCCGUCACCGCCAACAGCGCCGUUAGAAAUCAGGCAGAUCGCGGCGAACACUGUUGUGAUUUCGUGGGGCAGGCCGGAAUCGGAUGGCGGUGCCCCGUUGGAAGGUUACAGAAUUGCUAUGAGGGACACGAAGAAAACCAUGUGGAUGGAAGUAGCCAGAGUGAACGCCGAAACGCAGAAACUGAAUAUCAGGGAUUUGCAGGAGAACCACGAGUAUCUGGUCAGGAUCUUCGCCAGGAACGAAGUCGGCCUCAGCGAUCCUUUGGAGUCUGAUGAACCGGUCAAGAUCAUACCAGCUUCCGAAUUAGCCGUAGUGGAGCCAAUAGCAGAAGCCACCGAGAAGGGUGAAACCGCAUCGAUGAGCUUCAGCACGGAGAACACGAGUUCUUGGCUACGCGAGCACAACAUGGAUGCCGACAUCCAUUCGUACGCAAGAGCAAGGCUUCUCAGACAAGACGAAUACUUCUUCCGCAUUUGGCAUUACGCUAAGAAAAUGUUCAAAUAAGCAUUUCUACGAUUUAUUGGCUGAAGGAAAGCGAAGAUACCUUCGUUCUUUACCUUAGCGAGGACCAGAACAAUUUAAACGCGUUAGUAAAACAAGAAAAACGAAAGAGAGAUGAAAACAAUAUUGGAAAAAAAAAACAUCUUUGGUGAAACUUAAUUUCAUACCAAGAUUCUAUUCUAAUUUUUUAACGAAAUUUUUUUUUAUAGAUAUAAUACUUCUCUUCUUCUUCCAACUUUUUUUUUUUUUCAUUAUACCUGUGAAAUUUAUUAAAAAGCGAUUUCGUUCUGAUUAUUUUAACGAAAUUUCAACAAAAAAUUUUGUAUAAUAAUAUCUCGAAUAAUGUAAAUAAUCAUUUUCUUCUUCCACAAAUUUCUUUAUUUGUUAGAGAACAAUGUCAAAUACUUUUUAUAGAUGUGUUUGAUCUCUCACCGUCAAAGCAAUGAAAGAUUAAUGACUAUAUCGUUCCUCUCGUUUAGAAGCACACGUAUAGAGACUAGAUUUAAUCUAAGGAUCGAUACUGGAUGGGUGUAGAGUCUAGUCAGAGCGUAGUAGUAAUACUUUUUUUUUUUUUCAUCUUUUAACGGACCAAGACUUCCUCACGUAUACUUGGAAUCGAUAUAAACGAAAGAAGAAUCUUCGUAUUCUUCCAAUUCACGAAAAUAAUCGAUAAUGCUGCGUAAUUGCGUUGCUGAAAAUUCGUGAAUUCACUAAAAAGAAGCUGCUUUUUGAAGAAACCGAGGAACUUCAUCAGUAAUUUUUAUGAUACAUUUCCUCUUCUGAUCUUUGAAAGGAUUUUAAGCUAAAUUAUAACUAGCAUGAAUCAUAUCGUCAUAAAGAUUCACUGAUGACGUUUCUUCGUUUCUGAAUUAUUUAACAUCGAAUUUAUCCGAAAUUAUUUGUUAUAUAAUACGUAAUUAAUUGAAUUGUCAAAAUGAAUCGAACGUUGGAACGAAUUUUCAGCCCCGCGAAUACGUUGUAUUCGAAGAAGGGAAACAUCCUAACUUCCUCGAGAUAUUCCUUUCGGCGAAAGAGUGCAAGUAUUGUCAAAUAUUCGACGAGAGAAUUCGAAAAAAGAAAAACCCCCGAGACUCACGGAUCGUCGGAGAAUGUGAUAAACGAUCGGAAUCGAUCGAGUACCUUGUGUAAAGAAUGCGUUUUAGAAGCGAUUAAGUAUACUCGAGCCCCCUCUCCCCUAAUCCUAACCCAUCCUAUUGUCCGCCCCUUCGUUACUCCCACGCCACCCUUUGUAUUUAUAUUAUAACAGCGAACGGAAAGCAUCGUUCGGUUACUCACCCGAGUUUGCGAGGAUUACUUUUAGUAUUUAUUCGUAAUGUAUAAUAUUAUAUUUAAUUGUUACUCGUUACCAUUGCCGUUAUAAUAAUUAAUAAUAAUUGUUCAUAACGAGUCGGCGUCGGAGCCGAUUAUUCAUGCGACUGGUCAUUUAAGAAACUAGAGAAACGAAACGGGGAAAUGCCACGCGUGGUUGGUGUUGCGAGACGUAAUGAAAUAUAGGUGCAAGAACAACAGCAUAUUAUUCACCAACGACGGGUCGCAUACCUCGACGUUACAUUGUAAGACAUUUUGCGAAUUAAAUUAUUGAAGAUAAUAUAA